AUGCAGAUCAGCAAGCAGCGUGCAUGCAUGGACGCAGAAGGAAAAGCAGUAGCAAAUGACAAGGCAGUGAGAAUUAAACGAUGGGCUAAUCAAGGGCAGGUUUGUCACCAGGAAGCCUGAGGUAAUAGUCUGGGGUGGGGGUUUUUUUCCUGCUGCAGCAGCGAAUAAAAAGGACUUUCCCUAUAAAAGUAUGGGCCUUGGUUCACAUGCCAAAGGGGUAACUCCACAGUGCAUGUAAACCAAAUGUAAACAAAUACUGCACUCCAACUCUAGAUAUUAUCAGAACGUGGAGCGGGUGGGUGCACCACUCCAGAUUUGUGUAUGGUUUACUCCUUAGCCUUUUCUUCUUCUUGGGUCAUAGUAGUGGUCCAUCAUUCAAGUCCAAUGAGGUCUACUCAUAACGCCUAGAGCUUCAAAAGUGGAAGGUAUUCCUGCUCUCUGCAUUCUCCUGAACAGUAGACAGACAAUUUAAUGUCAUACAAUACAUCAAGGCUGUUCUGAAAGAACCUGGAAAGAAUCGUAAAGGAUCUUUGUACCCAGCCCAUCCCCAGGGGUAGCUCAAGACAUUUUUCUGCCUGAGGCAAAAGACAAGAUGGCUUAUCUCCCACGUUUCCCCAAACAAAAGCCAAUGAGACUGACAACUGAAUACUACAACUCCACCAUACCUGAAUGCAGCAGAAUGUAGCACACACAACUUAUCAGCCCCAAGCCCCUCAGAAUCUGACACAUGAGGCAGCUGCCUCACUCUACCUAAUGAUAGGACCGGAGUCACCCCAUCCAUUCCCCAUUGCCCAACCCAAUCAUUUUCCUCUACCCUGAUUUUUGACAGGGUUGUUAUUCUCAAGAGCAAUAGCCCUGGAAGAAGAAAAGGAACAGGUUCUCUCUCCCUCUGCUUUCUCUGUGAGCAGAAACUGUGAAUCAGAUUUACAUAGCAUUCAUGUUUAUCUUAAGGGCUACAGGCCUCAUUGUUUAAAUACAUGAUUUUAAAACUGAUGUUUACAUCCACUUACAAGCCAUAGCACAUAUUUGCAUUGACCGUUUCUGUACCCUUGGGGCUAAGCUAUUGUUUUAAUCAACUGCCGUAUGAAGCCAACUUUCUUAAGAGUUAUUCCCUAUUUACCUUGAUGUUUAACUGGCUAGGUACAUUCUUGAGAAAUUCAUACAGAGAAUGCCAACACUGAGCUAAACCCAGGGUUUUUCCCCCCCAUAUUGGGAUUGUUUUUGCAUUUGCAAAUAAAAAUCUAAGAUUUGAAAUUCCAAAUUCUUAUCUUUUCCCCCAAAAAGAGAUUGUAGUUGAAACAGUGAACUCAUCAAGAAUGGUGUUCACAUUUUUGUUCAUAAAUUACCUAGAUAUAGGGAGCCAUGUAAACACAUAUAAACACAGGAAGCUGGCUAAAAAUAUGAGUUCACCUAAUCCAAUACUAAAGGCCAAAAGUCUUCUAAGAUCUUAGGCAUGAGCCCAGUUCUGGUACCAGGCUACUUUGCAUCCUAGGCAAGACUAACUACUUGCAGCCCCCAUCCUAAAUGCUAGCUUCAUUUAAAAAACAAAAGUCUCAUAGAAAUUAUAAGAUUCUUCAAAAUAUAAAAUAAAAGUAAAUUAUUAUCAGAAAUUUAUGAUAUAUAACAAAAACUAAUCUGUAUAAAACUGCACCCCUCUGAAGUCUGCUCCCUGGAUGGUUGCUUAGUUAGCCUAAGAUUCAUGAAUCUUUCCAGUACUUGCUACCUGAGAUCCUUCUGGAGGUGUCAGGAUUUCACUGGAUCAGGAUGAAUGUCUACUAUUUUAUUCCUGCUCAUUAUAUCUUGGCUAUGAAGAGAAUUCUGGAUGCUCGCUGAAUAAAUAGCAAACCUGCCAGUCCAACUUAGCCGAAUGUGUUGCUGGACUCUUAACUCUCAUCAACCCCACCCAUUUGACUAGGCCAAUGACUAGGGAAGAUGGGAGCUGCAGUCCUCUGGUGGGCCACAGAUUUUCCCAUCCACUGAUAUCCCUUGUGGCGCUCAUCUCCACUUUCAGGCCGAGGGACCCGGCGUUUGUCUGCAGACACCUUUCAGGGUCAUGUGGCCAGCAUGACGAAGCCACUUCUGGCACAACCGAACACCGUGACGAGUACCAGAGUGCCAAAAACACCAUUUACCUUCCUGCUGCAGUAGUACCUAUUUAACUACUUGCGCUGGUAUGCUUUUGUGCUACUAGGUUGGCAGGAGCUGGGACAAAACGACAGGACAGCAUUUUUGAAAUACUGACCUUACAGUCAGCAAGCUCAAGAGGUUUGGUGGUUUAGAACACUGCUCCACCUGCACCCCACUGGGUGAGAAGUGUCAUAUGAUGGAGAAAAGGGGAUAUUUUUAAAUACAGUGGUACCUCGGGAUAAGUACUUAAUUCGUUCCGGAGGUCCGUUCUUAACCUGAAACUAUUCUUAACCUGAAGCACCACUUUAGCUAAUGGGGCCUCCUGCUGCUGCCGCGUCGCCAGAGCCCGAUUUCUGUUCUUAACCUGAAGCACUAUUUCUGGGUUAGCGGAGUCUGUAACCUGAAGCGUAUGUAACCUGAGGUACCACUGUAAAAACUUUUGACCGAAUGAGUCAAUAGAGAACACACUGUUGAGAAGAAUCAAACAAUAACUGAAGACUCGUCCACACUUCUGCGUGUCCCAUGCCUAGCUAGCAUGGGUCUAAGCUGUUUCCAGCUUGUUCCACCAGUUUCUCAGGGAAAUCUCAACCUUAGCACUAAAUUGGAGCAAAUGUUAAUCUGCAGAAUACCCAACAAACAUUUGCUCUGAGUCAGUGCUAAAGAGUGGCUCUUCCUGCGGGGGGAAGCAGCACUCCAAGUGGAAAUCUGAAUGAGCCCUCAGCUGAUUUCAAUCAAAUGUUCUUGUGAGUAUUUGUAGAGCUUGUGGACAUACCAAAAGGGAGAGGCAAAACCGUAACAAAGAAUAGAUUGGAUAGCGGUGAAAAUGAAGCAAAGUGUGAUCAGGGGAAUGCAGGAUGUUGUUUGUUUGUUUGUUUGUUUGUUUGUUUGUUUGUUUAACCCUUAACAUAAUUUAUGAAUCAGUGCCUUAGGAGUAAGACUGUAUACCAAGCUUUCCCAAAGGGAGUGUUAGCGACAAAUUCAUUCCACCAGCAUUGCUCUGGCACUCAAAAUGCCUGGCAAGGGAGAGACUGUGAGCCACAUCCUUCCAACAAGGCUACAGAUCGGAUUAUGCUGGCAUAAUUUCCCCUCCUUGGCAUAACUCCUGAAACCUCUUCAGGGAUCUCCUGUUGCGGUGACAAACACAUGCACACGCCCUGGUACAGUCUGGGACUGCAAAGCUCCAUCUGCUUGUUAGAUCAAUUUUGGUUAGCUUCAAUUUGCAUGUGCAACACUCUGGAGUGCCUGCCCCCGACUGCCGAUGUCACAGGGUGUCUGGCACGGUGUGGGGCAACCACAUGUUUAUGGCAUGGGUUAUGAUGAUUAGCUGCAACAAGUGAGGGAGUCCCAACGUUUUCCAUCCACAGUACUGAAGCCUGCUCAGUCGCAGCUAUUUAUAGUCGCCACAAGUAACUCCUAUUUCAGCUGAAUGACGGACCAGCUCCUCAGCACUGUAAGUAUAUUUAAAUAGCAAAGAAGACACUGGUGUUACGAUGGCCAAUUCCAGACAUUAAAAGCAGCAGCAACAAAAUAAGUCCCCCUUAUAAAUGUUGCUUAAAUGUGACGGGAUUUGAAGAACUUAAUUUUAAGGUAACUGCAUUCUUCUGGUUUCUUAUGUCUGCUGUUUUCUGCAGUGGCGUAGCGUAGGUUGACAGCACCCGGGGCAAGGCAAGUAAUUUGCGCCCCCUAACCCUAACCCCCAGAUGUUGCGCCCGGUGCGGCCGGCCCCCCCGCACCCCCCACGCUACGCCACUGGUUUUCUGAGCCUUUUUUGGAUUCUCUGAAGUCACACUUUGGAAAACUUCUUUACCAAUGCAGAGAGAGAGGGCUUUAGACUUUUGUACUCUUGCAAAAGAUAAAGCUGGAACGUUCAUUGGUCACAGCAAAUUUCUCCAUCUGAGGCUUUAGAAAAUUCCAAUGUUUGAAGUCAGAUGAUAAGUCAAGUCAAAUGGCAAAGAGCUCAUGAUUAAAACCUGCUGGUGUGAACUGCUAGGAUUUUUAACUUCAAGCCCCGUUGAAAUGGAUGGGAUUUGCAGUUGUGCUGAUCUGAACACAGACCACACAUCUUAACAAGGCACACACAAGAAACUUUUCCUUGUGGGUUGUGCCAUUAUAAUAAUAAAGGUGUCAGUGUUUGCGGGGAGUGUAUGGUUCCAUUCUGCUGCCCGAUUUGGGUCUUGGCUGCUUGUCUCACAAAACAGAGUCCAUAUUCAUUUGGGAAUAUUGUGCUGUAACAUAACUGUCAACCAUCCCUUAUUUGGCGGGAAAGUCCCUUAUCCCAGCGCCGUGUCCCACUGCUGUCCCUGAUUGAUGAUGUCCCUUAAAUUCCCCGGGUUUCAAAGGAAGCAGCUCCUCUCCCUCCCUCCCUGCCAGCCAGGGAGCAGGGAGGCUCCAACUGUGUUGCUUGGCUGCAUUGCUCACCCAAUAAGGAGUCUAAAAACGACUGGGGGGUGGAGCUUGCAUGCCUUGUGCCAAUCAAAUAGGCUGCAUUGCCUGGGGAUUCGCCUUUGCUCAGCGCUUCCCAGCGGAGAGGUGACGGUGGUUUUCCUUGCUGCAUCCCCUUUGCCAGGUUGCUGCGCUGUGGGAACCACCACUUGAGGCUUCGUUUGGCUGCUGGCUGGGCUUUCUGCCUUUGACUCGGAGGAGCUCACAAGUUGAACAUACCUGUGCUCUGAAAAUCCCUUAUUUUGGCUGCUGAUCCCUUAUUUUCAAGGCUGCUGGUCCCUUAUUUUCAAAUCUGUAAGUUGACAACUAUGUGCUGUAAUGCUCUAUGAUCCAUGCCCAGUUUUGUGCAAAGCGGGCAGGGGUUGGCAGGGAGAAGAAACAAGAGUAAAGGCCCAACUAGAACUGGUGGGGUAGGUUUGGCAAUGACCAAAUAGGAUUGCAUCACAAUGCUCAUCAUACUGAAGGUGGUCUUCUUUAAAGGGGCAGACACACUUGUUCUUUUUAUAACAUUUUAUUAAUUUUCCAAAAAUAACAGAAAUAAAACAACAAUACAAAAUCAAAACAAAACAAAAUAAAUUGACUUCCCUCUAGUCCCUUCCUUGGUUCAAUUAUUUGUCAAGAUACCACAUGUCCAUUGUUAAAUUUAAAAACCCUUUUGAAUUACCUAUUAUCCAUUCAUAAUAAAAUUACAAGUACUUUUUAAACCCUGCUAAUGUAUUAACCUGUGUCCAAUUGUUCUGUAUAUAUGCAAUAAACAUCUUCCAUUCUUCCUUUAAUUCGUUGUCGUCUCUUCAUCUUAAUUUCAAGGGGCAGACACAUUUCUAAGCAGUGGAAAUGUUUCGCUCUGCUUGAGAUCCACCACAGCCCCCAUCUCCUGAAAAAUUACCAAAAUGAGGAACCCAUUCCACAGGGGCAAAAUGAUAUUUUAAUGGUGGCAUUGUUUCUGGACUGUACCACCUCAGACCACAGGUAACACAGGGGCAGGGUUUGUAUGUUUGGGUAUUUCCCAUAUAUAUGUAACAAUAAUUCACAUUAGUAUGAACAUUAUUGGGAUUAUGGUCACUGGCUUGGUAAAUGCAACUUGAAGCCCCCAUUAAAGUUCUUAAAUGAAGCUAAAUAUUUAUGGUGGCCUUUCCUCUCUGCUAGUACAAAUGAGUUUUUAUUGGAGGUAGGAAGGAAUCCUUAGCAACAAUAUAAUGAAUAAUGGCAAUCUGGUGGAGAGGUAGCACAAAAGCGCUUAAUACUGUGAAUUAUUUUAAAUAGCAUUUUUAUUAGAUUUUUCUCUGUGCUAUUGCCUCCAAUUUAAAUCAUCCUCGGAGAAAUGCGGGGAGGGGAAAGGUGAUGAAAGGACCCGGGGAGCAUUCUCCACUCGGCUACAAACAGCGCACUUGUGCCCUGUGGUCAAUUUUUGCAUUUUGGCUAGACACCUCGUGCCCGGGCCUGUUGCAGCUUAGCCUGUUCAGAGAAGUUGGAAUCCCCAGUUGUUCCACAGAAAGAAUCUUUUCCACAAGAGAAGCAUAUCUGGGAUGAAAACAGGUUUACCCACCUGUGUGAGUAGGACACAAAGCAUUUCCAUCCGUGCAAAUGAUUAGACACAAAAUAUGGAACUUCCUCCACUGACAUAGCUUUCGUUUUUAUUUCGUUUGCUAUUCUCUGGAAUUAAAAGGCUUUUCUAGUCCUCCCGAGGGGGGAACCCAUGUAAGUAACAUGUAGGGCAUAUAUUCUAUCAACCGUGCAGUUUAUUCAAUUAACAGAUUAUGACACAUCCUGGCCAUUAACACAUACAGUGGUACCUCGGGUUACAGACGCUUCAGGUUACAGACUCCGCUGACUCAGAAAUAGAACCUCGGGUUAAGAACUUUACCUCAGGAUGAGAACAGAAAUCGCGCGGUGGCAGCGGGAAGCCCCAUUAGCUAAAGUGGUACCUCAGGUUAAGAACAGUUUCAGGUUAAGAACGGACCUCCAGAACGAAUUAAGUUCUUAACCCGAGGUACCACUGUAUCUGAAUCAUUCUGAAGACCACUGGCUUUAUAGAAACACAAACCAUUUGAAAAAUACGUUUUACUGAGUUCCACACUUACUAAGUUUUGGGAGAAAUAGGCUUGCCAUAUGUCUGGAAAAUUCCUGACUUGUCCUGGUUUUCGGGUGUAAAAAUGGGGGGGGGGGGGGUAUUUGCGAAUUGGCAAAAUGUCAGGGAAAGCCCAGACGUAUGACAGCGGAAACAGCUCAAAAAGCUUAAAAUCACUAUAUCUGGGUUAGGUUUCCCAAAAAAAACUCAACAAUCUGGGUAGGAGAACUUUGCGGGUGUCAGGAAUUGUACUUUUUGAAAUAUGACAACCCUUGGGAAAAAGUGCUGGAAUAUAAAAACAAGCCCAGACCCUCCAAGUGCCCCUAUUUUCCAGGGGUGUCCCUGAUUUAGAGACACCAUCCCAGCUUCAUCAGAGAAAUGUUGGAGGGUAUGGAGUUAUCCAGUCUCCAAGCCAUCUGAAGGCAAUCCCUGUAUAGGGAAUUUUUUUCUUAAUGGUUAAUGUUUUUAUAUAUGUUGGAAGCUGCCCAGAGUGGCUGGGGCUGGGAUAUAUAUAGUAAAAUUAUCAUUAUGGAAUGGGACAUCUAUAUUUUCAUCGGGGAAAAUGUUGGAGGGUAUGCAAGGCACUAUGGCAAAAAAUAAGAUUUUCAGUGGUGAUUAUGCCCUUUGUAUGGGAAAUGGCAGCAGGACAGCGAAAAUGGAUUCUACGUGACCUAAUGGUGGCCAGGAUACAGUACUGAUGAACUGGAUGAAUAGAGAUACGAUUUCCCUUAAUCAAUGGCUUAGCAACAUGACAACAUUGGCAACAUAUGAACAGACAUCUUAUAGACACAGACUUUCUUUGGAUAAAUACAAUGAUAUUUGGAAUGAGUUUACACGGAAUAUAUUAGGUUAUUGACAAUUAAGUUUAGGUUUAGUCAGGGCUAGAGAACUUUUUCUAAGUCAUUCUUUAACCUCAGAGCUUGGAAGUGUAUGGGAUGAAGAUGGCUUUUCCUUAUCCCUUACUCAUAUUGACUUUCAUUCCACCUUGGUCUGCUAACACAGUACAAAACAUGGCUGCAUCAAGGAAGAAGGUGGAAGAAACGGGGGGGGGGGGACUGUUUGUAAAAACAGCAGCUGCCAAGCCCCUCUGGUGCUGGAUUCAACUUUUCUUUAAAAUGUCAUUUUCUGCACCCCAUUUAUGAAGGGAGUGCUGAAUUUCCAUGGAACUCCUGCAGCACUACUGAAAAACAUCUGCAGCCACGAAGGAGGCAAACACCCUCCUUUUCCUGCAUUUCUCCUAAACUUCAUCUCCUGCUGCCAUUGUGUCAGCAUCAAUAAUGAAAGACAAAACUGGACGGCCCCAUUUCUCGCAGUGUUUCCUUGACCUAAUGAUGAAAUGUCUUUUUACCUUGUAGAUAAGCAUAUGAAAGACAUCCUCUCCUGAUGGUGAACUUUAACAUUUGUUCUCCUGUUUGGGAGGGUGAGUGUUUGUGAUUGUAUUGAAAGACAUGUUUUAACAAUUGUGUUAUUUCUUCUUUUUUCAGUUCCACACACACACACACGCACCGCCCAUCGCUUAUUCAGUGAGUUACUAAUAUCCUGAUUGGAACCAGACUUGCUAGAAUUAUGAGUCAAAAUUGGAACGGCAACUGCUGUGCAGAGGAUGUAAAGGGAAUAAAAUGAAUGGUGCAUUAACCUCCAACCACUGAAUAUUAAUCAGCAUUUCACAAAAAAGAAAAUACAGAAGCUGCCACACUAAAUAUUUUUAGCGCUUAUUGACAGUCUUGAUUUCCUCCAUCGCACUCUCACUCUCGCUCUCUGUCUCCCUCUCAGUUGUUUUGGCUUCCAAUCUAAAUUCUAAAGAAAGUACAUGUGAAAACUUACUUUUUUAUUGGGGAGGCGAUUUAUCCAUUUCUUAAAAAUACUGCACAGUCUUAGGGAGUUGUGUCGUGCAAAUGCUUUGUACCAAUCAAAACUCCAUAUCCCUCAACCAGAGACGUUCCAAGCCCCAAGGUAAACAGAAAUCCAAACUGGAAUAUGGAAAAGCCCUCGGAAAUAAAUGAAUGCACAUAGCGACUUGUUCAAAAAUAAACUUCCCAAGUACUUAAAAGUUUUUUUAAAAAAACGUGCUCCACAUUUUGCAAAUAUUAAUUAAAUGUAGUUAUGACACACUUAGUUUUUUAAUGCGGAUCUCUUGAAAACAUCUGGAAGAAGCAUAGAUGGCUAAAAAAAACACCUGAUCAGCAACAUAUUCUCGAUUUAUUGCAUUUUCACCCAAUGAAUGACUCCCACCACCAAAUUAUGGCUGUUUCACCAAAACUAGAAGACUGAUAUUCUUUCUUCCGCCAUGCAUACUCUUCUGGAACAACACUUAUAACAACAUAUGCUGGAACAACAUGCUUUCCAUCUCUGGUCUAAGCAACUAUGCAAAAGCCACUGGCCACUCAUAAGCAGAAUAUGAAAGGGAUUUCUUUCCCCUGCUUCAUGUUCACACUGUCCAGUAUUCAGAGCUAUCAAGAAAUGGAGGUUUUAUUUAACUCAGGCACAGGCAAACUCGGCCCUCCAGAUGUUUUGGGACUGCAACUCCCAUCAUCCCUGACCCCUGGUCCUGUUAGCUAGGGAUGAUGGGAGUUGUAGUCCCAAAACAUCUGGCGGGCCGAGUUUGCCUAUGCCUGAUUUAGCUAGAUGCAUAAUAGCUUUCGAAGCUUUUUUCAAAAAGCAAUCUAGAAGAACAUAUGGCUGAUUUCAGAUUUCCAGGAACAAAGGAAAGGCAAGUAGGGCACAUUAUCUUGUGUAUAAUGCAAUAGGCAAUAAACUUUCUUUCCAGAAAUGGGUGUUUUAUGGCAUUUCCACUAAAUGCGGAUUAAAUCUUACUCUGGGUACUAUGCACCUCCAAUCUCUAUCAAUAGCAUAUGCACUGCCUUGUGAAAGUCCUGUUCCACCUUGGGUGAUGAACCGCUGAGUCAGCUCUCAAAGUUCCUCUGAUUCAUAGAAAGCUCUGCCUUCAUUUUAACCACUUCCACAAACAGGAAAAUUGCUUUUUUUUUCUGAUCACAGAAGAGGAGUCACAAUCUUAUGCUGCCGGCUGCCACGUUGCAUUGCUUGUGUGAGUAGACCACUUGCAUCUCUCAUUACUGGUCAAGAUACUAAAGAUAAAAAGGUAAAGGACCCCUGGAUGGUUAAGUGCAGUCAAAGGCGACUAUGGGGUUGCAGCGUUCAUCUCGCUUUCAGGCCAAGGGAGCUGGUAUUUGUCCCCAGACAGCUUUCCGGGUCAUGAGGCCAGCAUGACUAAACUGCUUCUGGCACAAUGGAACACCAUGACGGAAACCAGAGAACACGGAAACGCAGUUUACCUUCCCACUGCAGUGGUACCCAUUUAUCUACUUGCACUGGUGUGCUUUCAAACUGCUAGGUUGGCAGGAGCUGGGACAGAGCAACAGGAGCUCACCCCGUUGUGGGGAUUCGGACCGCUGACCUUCUAAUCGGCAAGCCCAAGAGGAUCAGUGCUUUAGACCACAGCACCACCCGCGUCCCUGGUCAAGAUACUAGUGAACUGCUUGAGAACAGCAUGUGAGAACAAAUGUAAAGCAAACAGCAAGGAAGGUAGGUUUAAACUCUUAUUUAACUUUUAUUGAACCAUACCAAUGGUGACCAAUUGUUAAAUUGCUAUAUUAAGAGGGGGUCAAAUUCUUAAUUUAACAGUACUUCAAGACUGCUGCUCUUUGGGGGUGGGAUUCCAUCACAUAACAGCAAAUUCAAGACGCACAAUUAUAUUUGAUCGGGAGCUGUUAUGCAACAUACCUGCUUUCCUAAAAGAUCGGGCUUUUGCAAUAAGGAAAGUGAUAGGAAAAUGCACUGCAAUGUGCACAACACUUCCCUGUUGCAACACCGUCUCACCUCCCUGCAAACAAAUCAGGAUGGAUGUGCAAUUCACAGACUGUCUUGAAGCAAUGAAAGAAUACAAAAGGGACUGUGGGAUGUAUGUUCUUGCAGCAGUAUUUGAUAAUUUCAGAGAUCUUUUUCUGCCAUAUGUUAUUCCUUUUGUAUUCUUACUAUCAAUUAGUGCCUUUGAAUUCUCAACAAAAAAUGUAUAUUUUUGAUACUUUGAGAUUACAUCAAAACCUGAAGUCUCUGAAACUUAAACCCCACUGGAGACCCCUACCAAUGUAGUAUAGUAAAGAGCAUGUUCUCCUGACAGUGCAGUCCUGUGCAUGUCUACUCGGGAGCAACUCCCAUUGAGGUAGUGUGCAGACGACUGCAGCUUGAGGCCCUCCUUCCUAAAUUUCCAUUACUGAAUUUUGUAAGUGAGAAUAACAGCCUAAAGAAAGAGGUUUGAAGUCGACCAGGUCUCAAUAUUCUACUUGAAUGAAAGAAAAACAAUACAAUACAAAAUCCUGCAGUGAAACUGUUGCUCAAAGAAUUUCAGAAACAUCUUUCAUUUCAAAAACACACUUUCAAAAUAGUCAUAUUUACAAAAUUGGCAAUAUCCAGAUAGCUUUUUUUCUACCAUAACAUUUUGGCACUGAGAGAGACCAGUGUUCUAAACCAUAAAAUUAGACGUCUGGACAUCUAAGGGUUUUUGUCGUCACAGCAACAAACCCCUCCCUUGCCAGCACAACUGUCAUUCUCCCCAGUGUGCCGGAAUUCAUUUGUUUUCAUUCAUUCCUUAUCAAGUUACUUGAAUUUGAGUCAAUGCUCAAAACGUAUUUAGAGAAGAAAAAAGUGGUAGGUUUUCAGGAAAUAGCAAGUUCUUUUUAACCAAGAUAGAAAUCAUUUGGCAAGAGAUGACAAAAUACUUUUAGUUUUCUUUCGGUAGUUAAAAAAACAAGAAAGAAAGAAAGAAAGAAAGAAAGAAAGAAAGGAAACUGGAGAAGGUAGGAACAGAGGAGCGGAACUUUUCAAAGAAGAAAGGGAAGAAGUCCUUUGCAAAUAUGACAUUAUUUGCAACUGAUAUUUAAUAAAGACAGAUCUGAGAGUCUGUUUUAUAUAUUGUGGCUGUUAUUUUGUACAAUGAAGUCAAAGCCAGCUACUACGCAUAUAGAGAGCUAGUGUGUCAGAAAGAAGCUGCCCUUCUUCUUGACAUGCUAGCUUGCUAUGUACAUGUUGUUUUCCAAGGAGGGCAUCCACACAAACAAUUCUUCACCUGUAGUCAUGCGGCAGAGUCUUGCAAAAGCUGCACCACAUGGUUUUAUUAUGUCAGUGAGUUUGCAAAACACACACUUGCCAAACAACACUUAUUUAUUGCAGAUCAGCCAUAUGAUGCAGUCAAUUACCAUUUCAGGUCAAUUAUCGGAUAGAAACAGCCAUAGUGUCUUUAUUUGAAAAACCUGGGUGUGUAACCUGGUAACUGUGGCACCUUGGAAGGUGCAUUUGGGAAGCGAGUCUACAAGCUGAUCUCAGGGCCCUACAACAUCUGGCCUAACUUUUGUUUGGAUUUUGCCUUUUUGAGCAAGUCUCCUCUGUGAUUUCCUUACACCACUUACUGUCUAUUUUUACUGUGCGUGCAUUUUGUCAUAGCUUGGACAUUUUGUAUUCAAAAUGAUAAACAUGAACAUGCAUAUUGGUUGCCAACCUGUCUCAGUGGCAAGAAGGUUAUACUACCUGGAGAGAGCCAGUGUGAUAUAAAAGUUAGAGUGUAAGACUAUGACCUGAGAGACCAGGGUUUGAAUCAUGAAUGACCUUGGGCCAACACCAUCUCUCAGCCUAACCUAACUCACAGGGUGCUUUGAGGAUAAAAUGGAGGGGGGGGGAGAACCAUGUACACCCCCUUGAGCUGCUUGGAGGACAAGGUGGAAUAUAAUUGUAACAAAUAAUCAUAAUAAGAUAAAUAACUGAUACAGUAACUAUGCAAUGAAUUCAAAUAACUCUGCUAACUUAGGGCAGAUUCGUACAACUAUGGGAUAGAGUUGUGCAGGAACUCCCAAGUUUCCUGGGUAUUUUCCAGCUGUGUUUUCCCAUGGGACCUUAAUUUGUUCCAGGGCUCACCAGAGGAUAACCACUGCUCCUGUUUUCAGUCCGCCUCUGAACAAGUUUAGUCUUUUACUAUUGACAAAGUGUAUUCCCACAUCUUUGGGAUUAAACGACCAUUUUACACCUCAGAGGAUGUUCUUCCAGAGAGGUAUUCACCUCACCUAACACCUUUUCCCUGUUAAGUCCUACUUUUCAACCACAAUACCAGAACUUUGCCCCAGCUAAAUACAAAUAUAUAUAUAGAAGCCAGAGUGUAUGUCAGACACUGCAACCCCAAAUACAACCACCCUUUCAAAGGUUUUAUUAAGCUAUCUAUCUGCAGAUCACUUUCCAUUCAUCAAAUAAUGUGCAGCCUAACAAAAUUAACUCCCCAAAGGCUUAAAUUUAACUCUCAAAAAGCUGUACUUGCAGAUCUUCAGAUUUCAUCCCUCCAUCUCCUGCCAUGGUAACUGAAAAGUGACAGCUUGCAUUCUUAAUUUCUUUUUUAAUUGAUGUGUUUGUGUAUUUGUUUUUAACAGAAAGCAAUGUUUUUUCAUCCAUUAUUCCCUGGAUGCUGUCCAGCAUUUAACAGAAACAAACUGCGCCCUCAUAUACACAAUAAUCCUUAGGUGUGAGGCGAUUGAAGUUUUCGUUCUGACCAUAUUUGAAUAAGAAACAUAUGUUUAAAAUAAAAAUUUGCCUGUGUGGGGAGCUGCUGUUUGUAUAAACCUAGAAGGCUGCUUCACUUAAGCAUCCAUGGUUAAUGGGAGAGGCACGUUUGUGCAGAGUUCCAGACAGUGGUACCUCGCUUUACAAACUUAGUCUGUUCUGCAAGUCCAUUCUUAAACCAAAGCCAUUCUUAUACCGAGGUGCACUUUCCCUAACAAAGCCUCCCGCCGCUGGUGCCCUUCCACCGUUCGGAUUCCAUUCUUAGACCGAGGUAAAGUUCACUAACUGGAACACUACUUCCGUUUUUGUGGAGUUUGUAUACCAAAUAGUUCGUAAACAGGGCUGUUCUUAAACCGAGGUACCACUGUAGUGCUUUAUAUCACUUAGCUAUGGGCCUGGCUAGAAUUAUAAACAUAACUUGUUCACGUCUCUCUCUGUGUGUGAAUACUGAAUAAAUUACAUGGUAAGAACUCUUCUUGUUUACCUGCUUUUUGGCCACCACCAGGGGAGGGAUCAGAUUCCCUGAAGCCUGAAGGGGGGGGUUUACCCUGCAUAAUCGAUGAUAAGACUCAGGGUGCACACACCAUCUGAAUGGCAAUGCCCAUCAACUUUGUUAGGGGUCCAGACCCCUCAUAUAUUUUAGGGGGGGAUGAAGAUACCUUGACGCCUAGGAGUUGGCUCCUAUGAAUGUGAUAUACAUGCCAUCCCUGUGUACGCACAUCAGAGCGCACAAGGAGUUCUGAACUUCAGGCAAUGUUGUUUCUUUUAGGUUAAAAAUGAAAAACAAACAACAUUGCUUUCGAAUAAAACAAAAUAAAAAAGUCCGACAAAUUAAAGAUUCUCAUGAUUCACCACUCAAGGAAAGUCUAAGAAGCGUCUGAUUGGCUGUUCACUUGGAAAUAGGAGGUUGUAUAAUAUAUUUGCGGCAUUAUAGAACGUAUUAAGAGAGAAGGCUGCUUGUUGGGUGACUGGAAGUUAGAGACAGCCUCAGUAAUAAUUGCAAUGUCGAGUGGGCUACACCAGUCAGUUAACUAGUCUGUGACUUCAGCACUGGAUAUUUGUUAAGUGCAUUAAAAAAAAAAUAGGAGGGGGGAGGAUGGAAAACUCGGUAAUAUGGUUUUAGGGUUCUAGUACACAGCUAAUGAACUAAUUAUAUGGCAUGGAUGAAUAGACCCUGCUUUACAAAGAACAAUAUCCUACGUCCUGCACCAUUUACAGUAUUCUUAACUCUUCCCUAUUUUUAUAGCUGGUAUUGGGAGACUGGAUAGAGGGGUGUGGGGUUGGAAUCUAUUUUUUAUUAGGGGAAAAAAGAUCUGAGUGUAUUAGGCACAGUGCCAGUAGCCUUAGAAACUUAAGAUUUUUCCAUCUCCAUUACAAGUUGAAGUAAAACCUUCAUAUAAAAUUGAAAUGAAAGGGCACAUUAUUAUCCCAUUUUGUAACGUUUGCCUGGAAGUCAAACUUGGGAAUACAUCCUUUAAUUAUUAUUUUUUUUCCCUCUUCGCAAAACAUUCUGAUACACUGAGCACUAUAGACAUUUUUUUUCCUCUUGCCUUUAGCUGCUCCUGUAACUGAUAUUACCAAACCACAGUUAAUUAUUUUCUAUGGCCUACGUGAAGAUUUCUCCCUAAAAGUGCAUGAUCUAGGAUAUACAGCAGAGCUUUCAGUGUGUCAACACCUCAAGAAUGGAGGCCUAGAACAACACCAACACUGACAUUUCUCUCUACAAGCCUGACAUCCAUUUGUUUUUCUUACCUAACUCAUGACACUGCUUACCUAGCUCAGUGCUCCUCCCAUCAGCUCUCCACGUCGCCUUCAGUCAUGUGCCCUCCCUGGCUAUUCCCAAAAUAUUUCCAAGUUCAAGAUCAGAUUUAAGGACCAGAAUGGGACAGCAAGCAGUCUGGUAUAUUAUGCAUGCAACUAAAAAUUUUAUUGGGAACUUCUUCCUAAAAUGCCCCCACUCCAGGAAAAAAACACCUUUAAAACUCUUUACACUUAGGCAAGAAAACUCAAUUUUUAGUGGCAAGGACAUGUCUUUGCAUAAGAGAGGAGAGAGGGAAAGAGGGGUUCCUUCAAAAAAUGUAAGUUAUUAUGCCAAAAUGUAGGUUUUCUGAAUGCUGCAGUGUUAGAAUUCAGUUUGAAUCUAGCAUCAUGGGCGAUAUUUAACUAAUAGCUUCGCAAGUGCAAAGAUUUGCAGUAGCCCAAUUGGAUUUUCUUGUCUCUCCUCCCAUAUACGCACCCCAUGCCAUCCCCAAAUCUGCUCCAGAGGAUUAGGGUGAACCCAGAACAGAUUUCGGGGGCAAACAGGGAGGAGGGGAAGAGAGAGAAUGUUCCACAUUCUCCUUAGCACUACUUUGAAUACAACCCAAUGUUUGAAAAUAUUGUUUUGGAUUUUUGCCCCAACAGUAGUCUUAACUACAUCUAAGAAAUGUAUUGGUACCAAUAUUGUGUAUUUAUCAAACCACUCUGUUGUAUUGCUGUUUUCAAUUUCUUUCUGUAAAACUCUGAGCAAGUCACCUGGUUUUCCUUAUUUCUCUAUUUAGAAGAAGAGGUCCUAUUUACCUGACAUCCACAGACGGAAAAAUGAAUUAGUGCUAGAUCGCAUGUACGAAUAUUCUUCUGCAGAACAAAUAAUCUGCUGCUUGUCUGUUCUUUGAGCUAACUUCUCAUUCUAGCAAAAAGAGAGGGAGAGAGAUCAAAAGCCAGAUGAUCACAAUUUCAAAGAGCAAGUUCUUAUCAGUGGAUGGUGUGCACCCCCUUUUAUUUAAAGUAUCUACAGCCAACUUUUCCUUACAAAAAGCUCAAAGGUGCAAGUUGUUUUGUAAGUUGCUUUAUAAAAAGUUCAACAAAAACAAAACACAGUUUACUAACUUACUGUAUUGGUUACUCAAAACAGUAGAUUCAAGAACAAAACUAAACCUACAGCAGCAAAUUACAAACAAUAAAUUCCAGCCACCUAUGACAAAAAAAAAGCUUCUUUAAAAACACUAUUGUUGCCACAAAGUCAUUGUAUCCCUAGGGACUUAUAAAAUUCAUCACCAUGGAUGAGCUUUAUCAGAAGAACAGGAAAAGUGUGCUCCUGUUAUUCUCUCGAUCUCACAACAGCUUUUGAUGCUAUUGACCAUGGGAUCCUUCCGAGGCAACUUAGGGCUUAUUCACACUCACCGUUUGCCUUGUUCUUCCCAGCCAGAGGUUCACGCUUUAACACUCCAUGUCUGAGCAUUUGUGGUGGGUGUUACCCCAAUCUUUCCCUGCAAAAGCCCACUCUUUACAGCUGAAUCGGACCAAACAUUAUUUCAGGUUUUCUGCGGGUUGCUGUUUGCUCUGAUAGAGCUUGAAAGAGCAGGGAAAGCUCUGGAGAGAGAAAAAAGUAUGUGUGCUUGGAUAUUGAGCUUUAAAUCACAGACCAGGGUAGAUGCGUAGCCCAUGGUACCCCAAUUACAGUGGUGCCUCGCAAGACGAAAUUAAUUCGUUCCGCGAGUUUUUUCGUCUAGCGAAUUUUUCGUCUUGCGAAGCACGGUUUCCCAUAGGAACGCAUUAAUUGAAUUUCAAUGCAUUCCUAUGGUCAAAAAAAGUCCAAUCAAAGCCAAAUUUGGUACAACAAGAGUUUAUUAACUGCUCUUUAAAGUCACACAUACUUUAAAGAGCAUAUCAAAAAUUGAAGGAACAAUAAAUUAAGUUUCUAAACAUGACAGAAAAACAUUUAAAAAUCAACAAAGUGUACUGUACAUACAUUUUCUAAGACUCUGGGGGACCACUCGAAGUAGGUUCGUCUUCCACUCUUUGCUUCUUGCUGAGGAACCUGUCCAUGGUCUGCUGCUUCAUCCGCCUUUUCAGCAGCUCCCUGAGAGGCAACAUGACCGUCGUAUCAAAAGUGUUCGCUUGGUCAUGUGCCACGUGCUUGUUCGGGUGGUGCCGCUCUGCAAAAGCCUGCACCUCCUUCCACUUCUGGCAAAUGUCCCUCAGUUCUUUGGAGGACAGCCGUUCCUCAGUUGCUUCGUCCUCUUCCAGCGAGGCCUGCUCCUGCACAACCUCUGCCUGCAGUUCAACCAGCUCCUGGGUGGUCAGCUCGUGGUCGUGCUCCUCCACCAGCUCGCUGACGUCCUCCUCUGUGACCUCCAGGCCCAUGGUCCUCCCCAAGGCAACAAUGUCCUGCACCACUGUUGACUCUGGUGCAUCAGAGUCACUUGGUGCCACACAGUCCGGCCACAGGCUGCGCCAAGCGCAAUUCAAAUUUCUCUGGCUGAUCCUGAUCCAGGCCGUGGUGAUCAUCUUCAAGCAGGUGACGAUGUCGAAGUGGUCCUUCCAGAAUUCCCGCAGGGUGAUGGUGGUGCGAUCAGUCACCACGAAGCAACGCCUGAAAAGCUCCUUGGUUUUGAGUUUAUUGAUAUUGGCGAUGACCUGCUGAUCCAUCGGCUGGAGCAGUGGCGUGGUGUUAGGCGGCAGGAACAUGAUGUUGAUGAAGCUGAACUCCUCCAACAAGUCCACCUCAAGGCCUUUAGGAUGAGCAGGAGCAUUGUCCAUCAGAAGCAAAGCCUUCAGCGGCAGGUCGUUGUCCAGCAGGUACUGUUUGACAGCAGGGCCAAAAGCAAGAUUGACCCAGUCCACAAACAGCACACGUGUGACCCAAGCCUUGCUGUUGGAUCGCCACAUGACACUCAGCCGCUCCUUGUCGACCUUGUGUUUCUUGAAGGCCCGUGGGUUCUCCGAGUGGUACACCAGCAGGGGCUUGAUCUUCAGGUCGCCGCUUGCGUUGGCACAGAAGAGCAGGGUCAGACGGUCCUUCAUGGGCUUGUGGCCAGGCAACUUGGCCUCCUCCUGUGUGAUGAAAGUCCUUUUGGGCAUCCUCUUCCAAAACAGCCCGGUCUCGUCGCAGUUGAAGACCUGCUGUGGAACGUAGCCCUCCGUGUUCACAACCUCCAGGAACUCCAAGGCAAAGUCUUCAGCCGCAGGAACAUCAGAACUGGCAGCCUCUCCAUGCCUGACCACGCUGUGGAUUCCAGAUCUUGCCUUGAACCGGUCAAACCAGCCUCUGCUUGCCUUGAAGACUUCUGGCUCGCCUGAGGUUCCUGGCUGUUCCCGGAUGAGGUCUGCGUGCAAGGCCUUGGCCUUCUCACAAAUCACGGCCUCAGUCACUGUGUCCCCUGCAUGCUGCUUCUCUUCUAACCAGAUGAGCAGCAACUUCUCCAGAACAGCUGGGCGGUUCUUCACGAUCCUGGUGACUCCCUUGGCUGCAUCAGUCGCAAGGAUCUUCUCCCUCAUCUUCAGGAUGGUCCCGAUGGUCGAUGGGUUCCUGCCGUACUCCCUGGCGAGGUCCGUCACACGCAUUCCACCGUCGUGCUUCCAGAUGAUCUCCUUCUUCAUUUCCAGCGUUCACCUUCUCCUUCUUCCUCUCGCCGGCCUCCGCAGCAGCAGUCUUCUUGGGUCCCAUGGCAGCACAGCUGUUACCUUCGUAAACUCAGAAAAAGGAAAAAAAAAUCAGCAUUUCAAACCCAGAACCAAGUCCUUGAAUUCCAAACACCCAACCCAAAAUCCAAAACCCCCCAAAAAAGUUUUAAAAGUUUAACUUACGAAAUGGCUGCAAAUCACCAAAGUCUUCAAAAUCCUCAAAUGGCUGCAAAAGAAGUUUUGGGAAAGCUUUAAAAAUCACCAAAGUCUUCAAAAACCUCAACUGUUCCCCCAGCCCCUCCCCAACUGUUGCAAACCCCUCCCCAACUGUUGCAAACCCCUCCCCAACUGUUCCCCCAGCCACCCAGCACACAGAAAUUCAAACUCAGAAAUUUUUCCCAAAAAAACCAACAUGGCCCAAUGGUCACAGAAAACAAUAAAAAUUCAAAAAAACCCCACACAAGAACCCACAAGCUUGCAAACCCCACCCCAGCUGUUCCCCAGCCACCCAGCACACAAAAAUUCAAAACCCAGAAAUUUUUUUCAAAAAAACAACAACAUGGCCCAAUGGUCACAGAAAACCAUAAAAAUUCAAAAAAAACCACACAAGCUCCCAGAUUCUUGCAAACCCCUCCUCAACUGUUCCCCCAUCCACCCAGCACACAGAAAUUCAAAACCCAGAUUUUUUUUUCAAAAAGAAACAACAUGGCCCAAUGGUCACAGAAAACCAUAAAAAUUAAAAAAAAAACCACACAAGCUCCCAGAUUCUUGCAAACCCCUCCUCAACUGUUCCCCCAGCCACCCAGCACACAGAAAUUCAAAACCCAGAAAUUUUUUUCAAAAAAAACCAACAUGGCCCAAUGGUCACAGAAAACCAUAAAAAUUAAAAAAAAAACCCACACAAGCUCCCAGAUUCUUGCAAACCCCUCCUCAACUGUUCCCCCAGCCACCCAGCACACAGAAAUUCAAAACCCAGAAAUUUUUUUCAAAAAAAAAAUAUAAAAUGGCCCAAUGGUCACAGAAAACCAUAAAAAUUCAAAAAAAAAAAAAACCACACAAGCUCCCAGAUUCUUGCAAACCCCUCCUCAACUGUUCCCCCAGCCACCCAGCACACAGAAAUUCAAAACUCAGAAAUUUUUUUCAAAAAAAACCAACAUGGCCCAAUGGUCACAGAAAACCAUAAAAAUGCAGAAAAAACCACACAAGCUCCCAGAUUCUUGCAAACCCGUCCUCAACUGUUCCCCUAUCCACCCAGCACACAGAAAUUCAAACCCAGAUUUUUUUUUCAAAAAAAAAAAAACAUGGCCCAAUGGUCACAGAAAAUCAUAAAAAUGCAGAAAAAAACCACACAAGCUCCCAGAUUCUUGCAAACCUCUCCCCAACACCAAGUCCUUGAAUUCUAAACACCCCAACCCAAAAUCCAAAAAAACCCAAAAAAAGUUUUAAAAGUUUAACUUACCAAACAGCUGCAAAAGAAGUUUUGGAAAAGCUUCAAAAAUUCAGCAAACUCUUUAAAAAGCUCAAAAAAGGCCACCACACCGUGUGCAAUGUGUUGCUCCUCGAAGUCAAGUCGCAACUGCACCUCUUCAAGCAAUGCACCCUGGGUAUUAACGGUUUUACGAAAAAGGAAACAAACUUGCAAGACGUUUUCAUCUUGCGAAGCAAGCCCAUAGGGAAAUUCAUCUUGCGAAGCAACUCGAAAACGAAAAAAUCUUUCGUCUUGCGAGUUUUUCGUCUUGCGAGGCGUUCGUCUUGCGGGGCACCACUGUAUUAGAAAAAGUGGGAAGCUGAAAUAUCUUCCCUAAAAGAAGUGUCUAAAUUAUACCUCAGUACUUACAGAUACUGUAAGUGGCAGGUGGCGCUGUGGUCUAAACCACAGAGCCUAGGGCUCACCGAUCAGAAGGACAGAGGUUUGAAUCCCCGCAAUGGGGUGAGCUGCCAUUGUUCGGGCCCAGCUCCUGCCCACCUAGAAGUUUGAAAGCACACCAGUGCAAGUAGAUAAAUAGGUACCACUAUGGUGGGAAGGUAAACGGCAUUUACUGGUUCACCAGAAGCGGCUUAGUCAUGCUGGCCACAUGACCCGGAAGCUGUCUGCGGACAAACGCUGGCUCCCUCAACCAGUAAAGCGAGAUAAGCACCGCAACCCCAGAGUCGUCCGCGACUGGACCUAACGGUCAGGGCUUCCUUUACCUUUACUUACAGAUAAGUGGGCAGAAAGCUGGAAGUUGCCACACACCACUGUGAUUACAACCAUUUCCUUGUUUUGUUGGAUAAACAAGCUAUAUUUCACCAGGUGAUGCUAUCAGGAAUGUUCAUUAAAGUUUGUAGCUCCAGGGUUUGUUUCACCUCUUUUUGUUGUUGCUGCAAAUUUCACAUUUAUUUUUAACAGUAAAGGGAAAGACAUCUUUCAGCUAUGUCAAUAGACUGAAACGAAAGCCCUGUUCCUGUUGGAUUUGAUUUCCCUUCUGCCCUGUUACAGGUAAAGUUACAGAUUUCUAAUAUCAUACAUUUCAGGGGAAGAAGGAGAAAAAAUUGCAGGGGGCUCAUUCUCUCUCUCUCUCUCUCUCUCUCUUGAUACAUCCUUCCUUCCGCCCCUCUCAAUCAAUUAGUAGGCAAAGACUUCCGAAAAGCUUUUUCCUUCCUAACCUUUCACAGGCUUUUGCAGUAAUGACCCUGGAGAGAUCAACCUGGACCUUUGAAUGGGGUUGGUUACCCUCCCAGGGCACCGUAAGGUGACCUUCCCUGAUUCCCCCUCUUCCUUUUCUACCUCCUCCUGCAGUUCUUACAUUCUCAGGAAGGAGGGAGAAAGGGAGAGCUAAUGUUCUCUAGAUCCCACUAGAUAAUGUUUCCUCUCUGGUGUCGUUUGAAACUGAGGAUACGUGCAGAGAGAGCCCAGGCUCAUUGCUUUAAUAAAUAACAGCUAGUGUACCUGAAGUCAUGAUGAGGAAGCACUUUCUGUUUCUAAUUUCCAUCCUCUGUAUAGCUAACCUAGACCUGCUCUCCGUGAUGCUUCUGAAUCCUGAGUUCAUACUUUGGAGUUACACAGCUGCUCAAUAAUUUUUAGCACUUUAAAUUUAGUCUUCUUUUCUUUUCUUUUCACCUUUCUUAGAGAACUCCAAUAGAUACAGAUGCUGAGAUUUUGUGAUACUGGUGUACAUUUCCAGUAUUGUGCUGGAAAUGGGGCUGUUAUGGCUUGGAUAAUUUUUUUAAAAAGUCAGAUCUUUCAUAUGGUUAUUCAGAUAUUCAAGUUUAUUAAUGUAUUAAAAUGGAAUAAGUCUGUUGUGGACAGGAGCCAAAUGAGCUCAUAUCACUGGUGCUCUACACUUAAAAGGAAACAGCUUUCGCAUUAUUUAGACCAGUGAUUAAAUUGCAAUUGCAGAAUCGCUGCUUCCAGACCACACUUCAAACUAUGAUAAACUGGCAAACCAGAGUGAAUAGGAAACAAGGGAGGUGAGUAAGAGGAAAGUGAAGUGAACAGAGACCAAGGGUGCCAACUUGAAUAAAACAUUGGGAGACUCAGGUAAGCCCCGCCCCACAUGAUUGAUCACAAGACAUGGCGCAAGCACACUCUUUGAAUGGCAAUGCCCACUAACUUGCGGGGAGCAGCCCCUAGGAGUUGACUCCUGUAGCAGAGACUGUAUUUUCCUAUAACCUCAAAGAAUCUGAUGACCUUAAGCACCCAUCAAACUAAUGCUGUCUACAUUUAAAAUGACCAUGUACGUUGUUCAGAAACUUCCACAGCUACAGAAUGCAAUUGCUUGCCCUUGGACAGAAAGAGAAAGAUGAGAACUUAUGCACUUGUAACUAGUUAAUUCCUGGGCCCAAACACAAUGGACCAUAUAUAAAUAAAUAAUUGUGCUAACUGGAGGAUUAGCACUUGCACAGCCAGGCUUUCCCCACUCUACUCCUGCGGUAUGCUACCCGUGCCAUCAUAGGUGCCAACUCCCUGGGGCUCUGGGUACCCGAGCACCCACAAAAUUCCCCAUGAAGGGGCCAGGCACCAAUACAUUUUGGUGAUAGGGCAAUGCUCACUGCAUGGCACUCAUAGUCGUGUGCUCAAAAAGAAAAACAGAUUUUGGGGGUGUAUGGGUGUGGGGAGCGGGGGGGACGAAUGUUCCAUUUUACAAGGGAAAGGACAAUUUAUUGAGUUGAAUGCAACCCUAAAUAAUAUGGAAUCCACAAGUCUUGAGCCCUAAGACUUAGGGACAUAAGGCUUGGUGACUCCAAUCUUUUGACAUAUGUCACUCACUGACAGGAGACCCACCUCAAACCUCAGUCAUCUCAGGAAAAUGCUCUGAGAAUUCCCACCAUUCUGGACCACUGCUUGUAGUUUCUGGUAUACUGCUUAGCUUAUAUUUUGUCUCCAAUAUAUAUUGCAAUUUUGGCAUACACUUUUAUUUAUAGUUUCUUAACUGCAAGUUCAGCAUACUGAAUUACGGUACACAUAUUUCUUUAAUAUGGUUAUAAGCUGCCGGGAACAUUCACCAUGAGAACAUAAAGCUCUUUUUUUACUGCGUGGGAUAAAUCAUUUUUUUAGUAUCUCAACAGUCUCGUCUUUUAGCCAGCUUCAAAGAUGAUAGCUCAUUGUGCCUGAAAUCAGCACAUUAGUGCUCCAGGAAAUGUUUCUUGCAUGCCACCUCCAUCCCUACCCAUCCAAGCUGGGAGCAUCCUUCUGCUGCUCUGAGAAACUUAAAACAGGCUAAGGAGAGUUCUUGUCCAUUUUUAUGUAUCUCACCUUUCUGCAGCCAUCUGCUCCCCAAGCAGACUGCUGAGAAAUUAUGCAUGUCACACCGUCAAAGGGGCAAACAUUCAAAUCACAGCUGGGCAUUAAUAAAUACAUGAUGUAUGUAUCCAUUUCAGAAGUCCCAUUUGGUCCAAGGCGAGAGGAAAAAAGAACAGGCCAGUGUUACAAACUUAAGAUCAUAUUGAAGUAUCUAUUUUCUACAGAGAUACCAUUUAGGUUUCCAAGCCUGUUUCCUUAUCAAAGAAGCUAUCAAGUGCCCUUCAAGGCUACUAGAAAAGUCAAAGCACAAGUCCAGGACCUACCCAAUGUGCCCUCUUCCUUACCCAGAAUCUAAUAAAGAUGAUUAAAUUUCAUGUCUUUUCCUCCCAUUGAAAUCACCGCUCACUGCUCCAAUAAUAGAGCUCAGGAAAUAAGGCAUGACAACUUCCCUCAUGAAAUUUUAGAAGGCAGAGCAGGGGUCCGAAGGACAGGCCUGCAGCUGCAAGACUGGGCUGCUCUAAUUAAGAUUUCACCCUGCUGAGUAAAAUCUAAUCUAAGUAGAACAGAAAAAGGGAACUUUGGUUUGGUUCAAGCUGUCGCCUACCUGCUUUCUCCAGCUUUCACCCUAGCCCCAUCUCAAAUGCUGAGCUGCUUUCUCUCUCUACUGGAAUAGGGGAAGAGUUCAUCUCACAACGAAUUCCACGUGCUGCUAUGAACAUAAGCACUACCCUCUUGAGUCAGGCAUACCAGUGAACCCCCUAGCGCAAUACAGUGGUACCUCAGGUUAAGUACUUAAUUCGUUCUGGAGGUCCGUUCUUAACCUGAAACUGUUCUUAACCUGAAGCACCACUUUAGCUAAUGGGGCCUCCCACUGCCGCCGCACUGCCAGAGCACGAUUUCUGUUCUCAUCCUGAAGCAAAGUUCUUAACCCAAGGUACUAUUUCUGGGUUAGCGGAGUCUGUAACCUGAAGCGUAUGUAACCUAAAGCAUAUGUAACCCAAGGUACCACUGUAUCCUUUAUCCAACAGGAUCAGGACUUUUCAGCAGAAAUACAGAGAAAAUCAAUGAAAUCAUAAGUUAAUUCUUAUAUUCACUGCCAUCCUUACAUAAUCCCAUUGACUGGGUUUUCAGGAAACGUAUUAGGUGAGAUUAAUAAUAAUAAUAAUAAUAAUAAUAAUAAUAAUAAUAAUAAUUUCAUAUCUAUACUGCUUUAUAUCUUAAAGAAAACAAUGUCAAAGUGGUUUACAACACAUUCAAACAUCAAAUAAAACCAUCCAAAUAAAACAAAUUCGAGCUUCACGUAAAAUAUUCUAGAUCCUUCUGCAAGUAUUUUGCUUUCCCCAGACAGUCAUACCUCGGAAGUCCAACGGAAUCCAUUCUGGAAGUCCAUUUGACUUCCAUAACGUUCAGGAACCAAGGUGCGGCUUCCAAUUGGCUGCAGGAAGCUUCCAAUUAGAAGCUGCGGAAGCCACGAAAGACAUUCAGGUUCCAAAGAACAUUUGCAGACCAGAACAAUCACUUCCGGGUUUGCGGCAUUCAGGAGCCAAAACGUUCAACUCGCAAGGUAGUACUGUAUUUAUUUACCUACUUAAUUUAUAUAGCUGCCCCACAGCAGAAGAAAUCUAGGAAGCCAGUGUGGUGUAGUGGUUAGAGCCCUGGACCAGGACCUGGGAGAUCAGGGUUCAAAUCCCCACUCAGGAAUUAAGCCCACCAGGUGACUCUUGGCUGGUCACAGCCCCCUGAUAGUGGACUACGCCUGACAGUGUGCUGAAGUUUCUCAGUUACAGUAAUGAAAUGCAAUUCACUAAAUGGGUAGCCAGCUUGCAGCCCUGGUACCUCAAGUGGUAUAGGCUGCAUGAUUUGGCAGACCUAAACAGAAGCAGCAGGGCCUAUGACAUAUAGCCUAUCUACAUUCCUCUUUGGAUCUCCAGGUUGCUUGGGAUUACCAUACAGGACAUCACAUCUGGCACUAAAAAUGGCAGCCCUAGGUAAAAGCCAUCUCUCCAUAAUGCUUAGGCACCCCUUACCCAUCUCAUGACCCUAUCACAGCAUGCCUUUUCUCACAAUCACUGGCUCCUGUAGUGAGGAAUGAUAUGGUUAUAUAUGCCUAAAUCCCGCAAUCCAAGUCGUUUUCCUUCCCUCUCUCUUUGAGUCAAAUUUCCUAUUAAAUUUUAAAAUCUUGACAUAUAUAUUCCAGAUUCCAAAUUUGUUAUACAUUUCUCUUUAAACUUUGACUCCCUGCCUUUCCCUCUAUGCUGUUCUUAAUCCCAUCCCAUUUACAUACUGCAUUCUAAUAAACAUUUCACCUAAGACAUAUUCUUCCACUUCAUAUAUUAUCAAUCUUCUAGCACUGCUCAUAUUUCAAAUCCUGCUCAUGAUUUCAUCUGAUUAUGAAUUUGUUUUCAGAUAUCCCCCAAAGGGUUUGCAUUCUUCCAUUCUUCUUUCAUUAGUGUGUUCUCUUAUUUCCUGUUCUGCGCAUACAAGAUUCUGGCUGCUGCUGUUGCAUACAAAAAUAAGUUAGGUAUCUUGGGGGGGGGGCACUUUCCAUCUGGCUCCCAGGAAGUCUCCCACUCAGGUACUGACCACACCUAGACCUGCUUAGCUUCAGCAAGUUGGUGGUCUCAUGUGCCUUCGGCUGAUACCUUGAUGGCUGCCAUUUUCAGCAUAAAGGUGAAAUGACAACAGAGUGUGGUGGGACAGGACAGCAUUUUUACUGCAGAGUGCACAGUAAAAAUCUGGCAGUCUAAGAAGGCUGGCCACCUCUGAACUAAUAUCAUCUGUUUAGGAUACUCUGCUCUGAUUCAGAGUAAUGCUUUAUCUACAUUCGCAUAUCACAUUCUUAGUUCUGUUUCAGGAGUGUGAAAGAGGGAGGAAUGUGAAUGAGAGACCUAAAAGCAGUGCUCCUUCUUCCCACCUACACUUUGCUCAAAUAAAUUACAAAAUAUUGACAAUUCCAUCCCUCACUCGGAUAAGAAUCUUUUGCUCCAUGAGACCCAAGAGAGACGGUCUUCAGGCCAGUUCACUUUUUGUCCUUUCCCUCUUUUGACAUUAUCGUUACUUUAAUUAGGUUGUCACUCAAAAAUGUCGGGAGAAGAUUCACACACAUUGACGGGGGAGGGGUGGGAUGUCAUCACAAACUCAUUAUUUCCUCGGACGCACAGCUUAGUGCAGCUGCAGAAGCCUAUCUCUGGCUGUUUGCAUGUUUUUUGAAGGAGCUGGAACAGUGUAAAGCUCAAGAGAACCAGGGGAAGGGGGAUGAGCCCAUACUGACAGCACCAUUCAGUUCUAUGGCUUAAUCACAAACAAAUAUCUGCAACCACAGAGCAAUUGUUGUGUGCAGCUAGGCUUGCCCUUCCUCCAAAAUCAAGCCAGUCUAGAAGUUGUUCCCCACUUUGCAUUCUGUCCUCAUGCCAAGCCUGUGAGGUAUUCGAAGCUGUGGGAGAGGGAGAGAGAGAGGCUGGCUCAAGGUCACCGGUGGAACUUCCUAAAUGCUCGGGUAUUUAAAUCUAGGUCUCUACACUCCAACUACUGAAUCACAUUGAUCCUCUGCUGUAUAACAGCUCACUUGCUCUCCCCAUCCUCAGAAAGCAGCACAGUGCAUUGUUCAUUUACUCCCAGACUUGCUACCAUUCCAAUUGCUGUUGACAUUAAAAAAUGCUUUGCUAUAACUUGGCCAGAGCAUUAAACACUUUCAGUCCUUUUUAUUGUAGCCUAGGGCAUCUGUCGAUUAAACCCAAUACUGUGGUCUAAACCACUGAGCCUAGGGCUUGCCGAUCGGAAGGUUGGCGGUUCGAAUCACCGCGACGGGGUGAGCUCCUAUUGUUCGGUCCCAGCUCCUGCUUACCUAGCAGUUCGAAAGCACGUCAAAGUGAAAGUAGAUAAAUAGGUACUGCUCCAGUGGGAAGGUAAACAGUGUUUCCAUGCGCUGCUCUGGUUUCACCAGAAGUGGCUUAGUCAUGCUGGCCACAUGACCCAGAAAAAUUGUCUGCAGACAAACGUCGGCUCCCUCAGCCAGUAAAGCGAGAUGAGUGCCGCAACCCCAGAGUCGUUUGCAAUUGGACUUAACUGUCAGGGGUCCUUUACCUUUAGCAUUACUAGCAAUGUGACACACCUUCCUCAACUGUCUUUUAGUGAAGCCCAAACGCACAGUCCUAUUGUCACACAGGGUGGUGGAAUAAGCACACCAUAGGAAACAUUGUUAGGAUUAUUUACCAACAGUCUGUGGCAGCAAUCUUUCAAAUAUCACCACAACCAUUCACAUACUGUCUCACACACUCUCUAAGGAAGCCCAACUGGCAUAUAAGCCGAGCACAGACCACACUGUGCCAUUAAUGAAGCCCUUGUCGUUGCAAUAGUUUUUACCCAUUCUUGAUUCCUUCAGACACCAGCUUUUAGAAAACAAGUUGCAAUCAUCAAUCUUUGAAUGGUCCAUUGUUCCUUAUUUGGCAUUUUCUUUGCCUCUGCAAACUACAGUAUGCUAGCAUAGGAAAGCAACUGGGGUGAGAUGUUUUCCUCUUAUGAAGAACCUAAAUAGUACAAUGACAAUCUAGGAACCUCAGAAUUUGCAGCUUGCUAAAUUCAGUUAUAAUUCAGGUAUACAGAGGGGCAUUGCUUACAAUGCCAUUUUAUUUUAUUUUUCUCAAUUGGGAUAAUAUACUUCUCCCCUUCCGCAAUUAAAAAGGGAGAGAGGGACCACUUUGUAGCAAAACUAUUAUCUUCAUCUCUAUGAAAUAAUUUUAUGCAUGUGAUUAAAAAGCAAUUGAAAAUUAUUUAGCAACGCCCUGUUCUCUGAUAGUAUCUCCUUUUGACACAUAGCAAAGUUGCACCAGGUGGAAAGAAUAUUGCAGUCUAGUGUAGCAAAGAACAGCAGCACCCAGGAAAUAUCGGAGUCUCUCACAAGCAAGGGAAAACCCUUCUGUUAAGACGUGAUACUUCCCAUGGGGCAUAAAAAGAGAUUUAAACCACCAGCUGACAAAAAUAAUUGACUGUUUGUGGCCAAUAUUGCUGGCUUUGGCUGAGCUCCACCCCUGCCAGGAACACUGCUGUACAGGUGGCAGUCCCUAGUAAAUCUCUGGAGACCAGAGGCACUGCCCUAGAAUACGUUUCCUCAUGCAGGGAACCUUAUGCAACAGCUCAAGCAUGUCAACUUAACGAGGAAGGGAUGAUGUAGUUUAUAGGGAAAGUAUAGGAUUAUAGACCUAGAGUAAAAUUAGGGAGAGAAAACAAUAGCAAAUCAUCUCACUGUUCAUCAGUUGUUGCCGCACAUUUGGGCAACGAUUAUUGUGAAAUCCCAUCCUUAUAUAUCCAAGGAGCAGAGAAAACUCAGUUUGGUACUGUGGACAGCGUUGGGGCAAGAGGCGGAAAUAUAGAUACCAUACAAAGGUUAACUCAUGGUAUCGCAGUGUCAACACACGUUUGUUGGAACAAAUGCAGAACUAGUUACAUUUUUUAAAUACCCAAGAGACAUUGAAUCACAAUUCCUUAGUCAAUAGAUAGGUUUGCACUGAGGGGGGGGGGCUCCCUGCCUCUUUCGGUCUCUAUGAUUCUACACAUACAUAUACAAUUUUAUAUAUUCGGUGGACAAAAUACACACCUGUCAACAUACCCAUAAUGCCUGAAGCAUAUUUGUGAGUUUUUAACCAGUCAGGGAAAUAAGCCAGGAGUGCUAACAUUCAUUCAUUCAGUUUUCAAAUAAUUGUUUCCUUAGGUGAAGACCUAUUUCAGACACUGGGCUCACAAUAUUGCUUUCAGCACAAAGUAAUCUGGACAUGAAGACAAGAGUGUCGUCUUCUGUUCAUUGUCAAGCUUUUAAUUAUUUCUCCUUACCUUCUGUUUCAUGAACUUCUUUGUAUUUUCUGAUGCAGUUCUGAAGAAAAGAAAUGUGUUUCAGAUAUCCGGGUUAAGUAGGCAGUGCAUUGGUUUGUCUUAAGCAUACAGAGUCCUUCAACGAAAAGGUCCUGAGGUUGAACAUCCAGAAUUUCCUGUAUGUAUCUUGAAACAUGAUGUAUUGGGCUCACUCCCUUACAGGUCUUGUCCAGUCUUUGGGAUAGGAAGAUGCCAUUUCAACUGGUUUCUUCUUCUUCUUUCACAACCAAACUUUGUUGUGGCCCCAGUGCAGCUAGUGGAGUCUCCAGCAUAUACUCCCAGGAGCCAGCAAGGCCUUCACAACAGCGAGUAGAUCAAUAAAGUAUUUCCCAGGCAUCAGAUUGCCAACUUUGACAAAAAGGAGGGGGGUGCAGAUGCUCAAAUGAUGGAACUGAAAAUAAAAACAAAACCCCAUUGCAAACAGAGAACUAGCACAAUCCCUACCAAGUUAAUGAACUAUAUUGAUAAGCUGAUUUAUAACCUGGAGGAAAAAGAGAGAGCCAAGCUUAACAGACCUGAGUGUGCUAGUCCUACAGGUAGAGAGGCCUAAGGGGCAAAUGGAACCAGGUUGGGGGUUAAUGCCAGCAGCAAUUGCGGUCAGCCGGCUGUUGCCUCUGUCCUUCUAGCAGCAGGGAAGUGAGGCAGGAGAGUACCACCAUCUGAUCUUUUAUAGCUCUUUGUUUAUUAGCUGUGUGCCCCUAUUUCAUAAGGCAGUGCUUGCUAAGAGAGCACAUGAAGGAAGGAAUGAUGAAGAUGACUAUUAGCUCUAGUCCAAGGACACCUUUUCUUAAGCCUCUUUCAUAGCAGCAGGCAUGGAGGAACAGCCUAGCAAUUGUUCUCUCAAAUGUCACCUUUCUGUAUAGGCCACUGUGCCGGCGAAACCAUGCUCUUGUUGGAAGGCACUAUUUUUUUUCAUUUUUUUUCUUUACCCAUUAAAAAAAAUAACUUUGCUAUUCUGCACAUAUCUCCAAAGACUGACAAGGGAUGCUUUUCUUCUUUUCCCAGCUGCCCUCUUCAUCCUCUUUCCCCCUCCCUUUUUUCUUUUUCUACCCCCCUUCUUCACACAGUUUGAACAAUUUGUCUCUGUUCUAUCACAUUCCUGCGCAGUCCAUUCUUUAGGUGCCCUGCAUAAGAUUUACACUUGGUGGAAGAACGGUGAGCAGGGAGGGAGGUGGGAGGAGUGGAAGGUAAUACAAGGACUACAUUUAGAUAGAGCAGGAAAGUGAACCGAACGUAGUCCAAGAUUGUUGUGCCAUCAAUUUAAUACCUGAGCGAGGAAAACAAAGAGCCUUCAGAGAAUUUGUGACCCUUCCCCCAUCCCGAAGGGAACUGAGGGAAAGAUUUUUUUAUUUUUUUUUAAGGGUUGAAAGGAAAGGCACAUAACAUAAUUAAAGCCUUCCAAGUCAUUUCUUGAGGGGACAAUAUGUGAUGAUAGAGAACUACACAGGUUAAUUGUACCGCUGGUAUUCGCCUUAUUAUUAAAAUGCUUUGGCAUGAGGAAAAUAUCCUGCACCAGCGUUCCAAAACCCCUUCGAUGCAGAUGCUUCUGCUGAGGGUGGUUCAGGCAGAUGUUGCGAGUAGGUGUUGUCGUAGAUAUAAAAAACAAUGCCCUUAAUAAAACCUAAUACAGUGGUACCUCAGGUUACAUACGCUUCAGGUUACAUAUGCUUCAGGUUACAGACUCUGCUAACCCAGAAAUAGUACCUCGGGUUAAGAACUUUGCUUCAGGAUGAGAACAGAAAUCGUGCUCCGGCAGCGUGGCGGCAGUGGGAGGCCCCAUUAGCUAAAGUGGUGCUUCAGGUUAAGAACAGUUUCAGGUUAAGAACGGACCUCCGGAACGAAUUAAGUACUUAACCUGAGGUACCACUGUAUAGAGAAUCGUUGACAGUGCUAUUUUUCUAGAAAAAGAGGUGUGGGAACUCACCAUGAAUACCUCCCUUGUUCUCUCAGAAUUGCAAUGGUGCCCACCUGAGAGGUGCCAGAACUGAGUUUCAGCAAGUUCUGGCUGCAAAAAAUAAAUAAAUCCUGAUCAUAGAACUGUAGAUUUGGAAGGGACCUGGGGGGGGGGGUCAUCUAAUCUAGUGGUUCCCAGCCAGGAGCCCUGGGAUAUUCCAUGGGGGCCACAGUUGAAAAUUGCAUAAAUGGGGCUGCCACAGCACGAGGCUAGGGGGCCACAGAAGGAAAUGAGAAGUGAUGGGGGGAGAACUUUUUUUUAUUAAAAAAAUCCUGAUUGGCUGGCUAUCCGCUUGGCCAAGCACAAGUGGGUAAGGGGGCAGCCCACUAGGGCCUAGUGCUGCUUUUUGCCACAUGCAUUUUCUUGAGGCGUCCUGCUCUGUUUCCAGUGGGGAAGGGAGUGUUUUGACUAGUAGAGCCCAUGCCAGAACCCCCAGGUCAGGUAAGUGCAAUGGUGGGGUGGCAAUGGGUAGGGCUGGGCGAGCCAGAGCUGCUUGUUGCUGCCGCCAAUGCUGGGCUCGUUGGCAGCCUGGGCCUGACUCCUCAAGGUGCAGGGUGCAAUCCACCCCAGCACCUAGCGGAUUGGGGCCUUCAGAUGUUGCUGAGGGGGGCAGGGCUCAUUGGCAGCGGCAGCCUGGCUCUGCAAGGCGCGGGGUGAAAUCCACCUCCAGAGUCAUCUGGUGCUGCUGACUUGCAUCUAGUAAAUAACUGUCUACUCAGAAGAAAGCCACACUGAGUCCAGUGGGCUUUACUCCCAAGUAAGGGUGUGUGGGGCUAUAAUGUUUUAUCUAGGCAGCCAGGGCUCCUCCAGACGACAAGAUCUUUUUGCACCAGGUCAGUGAGGACCGCUCGCUUUUUAGAAUUGUCCCAUAUAUACAGAACUCCCUUUGCACCUUUUGGGCUCUCUGUAGGUUUUGCCCUCUGCGUCAAAUAAUUGGGGUCAAAUAAGCGUUGUUUCCUUUUUAUAACACAUCGAAGAUGGAUCUCCCUCAGGAGGUGCUGGACUCUCCUUCCUUGGAAGUUUCUAAACAGAAGCUGGAUGGCCACCUGUCAUGGAUGCUUUAGCUGAGUUUCCGACAUUGCAGGGGGUUGCACUAGAAAGAUGAUUCUAUGUUUUUCUGCUUCAACAAAAUUUCAUUAUAUUCCUUUCAUUUUAUGUAAUUGUAUUUUGUAUAAAUAAAUAAAAACUAUAAAUAACACAUGUUCUAUUUACAAACAAAACAUUUAAAUAGCUAGCUUUCUACUAGUAGGACGGUGGGGGCAUAGCCAGGAUUUUUGUUAGGAGGGCAGACUUGGGGGGGGGGGAGAGAGAGAGAUCCGAAGAUUUGUAUUGAUUUUUACUUAUCUGGUGGGCAGCUAUGCCCAUGGAGGGGGCCACAGUCUGAAAAAGGUUGGGGAAACACUGAUCUAAUCCAACGAAGCCAACUAAAGCAUCCAUGACAGAUGGCCAUCCAAUCGUUGCUUAAAAACUUGGAGGAAGGAGAGUCCACAGCCUCCCGAGGGAGUUCAUUCCAUUGUCAAACAACUCUUGCCAUCAGAAGGUUCUUCCUGAUGUUUCGUUGGAAUCUCCUUUCUUGUAACUUGAAGCCAUUGGUUUGAGUCCUAUCUCCUCUCAGUCUCAUCUUUACCACACAAAACAUACCAAUCUUCCUCAACCAUUCUUCAUAAGGCUUGGUUUUCCAGACCCUUGAUCAUCUUGAUCUCCGAGAACGUUAUUUGUUAACAAAACUCCCUAUGAAAGAAUUCGUGACUUAGACUGUUUUUUAAAAAAAUUAAUUAAUACGCUACAGUGGUACCUCAGGUUAAGAACUUAAUUCAUUCUGGAGGAUCGUUCUUAACCUGAAACUGUUCUUAACCUGAGGUACCACUUUAGCUAAUGGGGCCUCCCACUGUCACCACACCACUGCAGCGCGGUUUCUGUUCUCAUCCUGAAGCAAAGUUCUUAACCCAAGGUACUACUUCAGGGUUAGCGGAGUCUGUAACCUAAAGUGUCUGUAACCUGAAGUGUCUGUAACCUGAGGUACCACUGUAAAGGUAAAGGUACCCCUGCCCAUACGGGCCAGUCGUGACCGACUCUAGGGUUGUGCGCUCAUCUCGCUCAAGAGGCCGGGAGCCGGCGCCGUCCGAAGACAUUUCCGGGUCACGUGGCCAGCGUGACGAAGCUGCAACUGGCGAGCCAGCACCAGUGCCGCACAUGGAAACGCCAUUUACCUUCCCGCUAUAAAGCGGUACCUAUUUAUCUACUUGCACUUAAGGGUGCUUUCGAACUGCUAGGUGGGCAGGAGCUGGGACCGAACGAUGGGAGCUCACCCCGCCGCGGGGAUUCGAACCACCGACCUUACGAUCAGCAAGUCCUAGGCACUGAGGUUUUACCCACAGUGCCACCCGCGUCCCUGUACUUGAUUGCAAUUCUGUACCUACUUACCUGGGGGGUAUGUUCCAUUGAACUUUUAAAGGGCUAAAACAGGAAAGAUUGGAACUUUAGAGACUAACUAAUUUAUUAUGCUGUAAGCAUUCAUGAACUAUGUGACCCCAGCUGCCCAUUGGAAGAUUUUUUUUUUUCAAAAAACCUUCUAACUGAUGCCACACCUCAAGCAGCUACUUCUGGCAUGGGUUUACUCUAAUACAGAUUUGAGCCAUUUCAUUAAACUCUUAAAUGUUUCCUUAAACGCUUCAGUUGCAAGAAAUGUCAAUAAUUAAAACAAAAAGAGCAACGGUUGAGUGUGAAGUUGCUUUAAAAUUCUGUUCCAACCCCCUUCCCCCAUUGGUAUCUUUUCAAGGUAAUAUCUAAAAAAAAUAAGUUGCUGCCUUUGUAGUUUCACAAUUAUAUGCAGUAAGAUAAGCCAGUGCUGUUAAGCAAUUACAGUUUGACCACUUUCCAUUCCUGUCUCACCUCUUCUCAGUAUUUUUUUUUUUCUGGGUUGCUGUUCAAAUACAUUGCUCUCUACUCUUGAUUAACCUCAUUUAAACCAAAAGCAUAAACUCCAGGUACUCUGUUUAUUCCAAGCAAUAAAGCCAGGAUAUUAUUCUCUCCGAUGACAAACGUGGAUUAAUUUUCAGCAGAGUUCCUUCGGCAAACUUUUAAUACCGUGAAUAGCUCUGCUAUCAGAUGACAGAUAAAAGGACUGUCAUAUCUAAAGCUCAUUUCAAUUUUUGGCCCAAUAUAACACCAGCUUUCAAGGUGAUGCAAUUAUGUUCCGUUGCCUUUUUAAUUGUUAUUCCUACUAGCUGGUGCAUAAAAUUCAAUUAGUUCAACGCUAUUCAAUGUGAGUUUAAAAGGGGGAGGGAUACACUGAUGCUGCAUCUAUCGUGUAUAUCAUCCAUAAAUUAACACGCAAGCCUCUAACACAGCAAUCAAAACUAUAAGUUGUCAGUGUAAAUAACUCCAGAGUAAAUUAUACCAAGGUAAUUCACACCCUCUUCCACACUUGGUUCAGGAGAGGGGCUACUGCCAGCUUAGCCACUCUGAGCCUGGCAGAGGGAAAACAAGCCUUUAGAAUAGAGUUUCACUUACACCCUCCUUUUUGUCAGUGUUAACUUCAGCUGGGUUGUUAGAGAACAUGAUCAAACUGAACAGAGUUUGGAACGGGGUAAGCAGGGCUGGUUUUAGGUUUGAUGAGGCCCUAAGCUACUGAAGGUAAUGGGGCCCUUUAUAUGUCCAGCUGUCCUUUGUCAACAACAAAGUUUGGUGUGCAGUUUUUUUGUGUUGAAUACAUGCUUUAUGGUGAUUUAUGGACCUAACAUAACAAAUAGGAGCCUACACAAACCAAAACAUUGUUGCUGUAUGUAGGUUUUAUUUUAUUUGUUUUUUAUCUUAUGCAGUGGUACCUCGGGUUAAGUACUUAAUUCGUUCCAGAGGUCCGUACUUAACCUGAAACGGUUCCUAACCUGAAGCACCACUUUAGCUAAUGGGGCCUCCUGCUGCUGCUGCGCCGCUGGAGCACGAUUUCUGUUCUCAUCCUGAAGCAAAGUUCUUAACCUGAAGCACUAUUUCUGGGUUAGUGGAGUCUGUAACCCAAAGCAUAUGUAACCUGAAGCGUAUGUAACCUGAAACGUAUGUAACCUGAAGCGUAUGUAACUUGAGGUACCACUGUAUUUUGGAAAUGUACAUCCAGGUGUUAUUUUUCCUUUUUAAAAAAAUUGGGGCCUCAAGAGAGUGGGGCCCUAAGCUAUAGCUUGUUUAGGUAAAUCCAGCACGUAAGUCCAGCACAGGGGUAAGUCUCCUCCCCACCACCACGCCCCUGUCAUGCCCCUUUGGGGGACUAAUCCUGACCCAGCUCAGCCAGCUUUGGCUGAGCCAGAACUGACUACUUCUGCCAGUGCAUCUCUGGCUGAGCGGGGGUGAGAGACUUCAGCAGGCUGAGCCAGAGAUCUUCCUAUGCCAAAUUCCACACAUCCCAGUGGAGCUGGGCUUUGGAUUGUUCCCUAAAAUUGUGUGAUUUUAUCAUGCUUUUCAUUUCAUUUCAUUUAUUAUUUCUUUAUUGAAUUUGUUGAUCUUCCUCAUAAUGUCUCUCUCUCUCUCUCUCUCUCUGGGCAUUGGUUUCUCAGCAAUUUAAAACAAAAAUCUCAUAGAGCAAAACAGAUAACAGCUGCAGUCUCAGUACUAGGGAGCUCAAGCCAACUUGGCCUGCAGAUGAAGGGUUAUGGUUUGGCAGCAGAGCGCAUCCUUAGCAGGUUCAUUCUCCAGCACCUCCAGGUAAGACUGGGAGAAACCUUGGAGAGCCACUGCCACAGUACUAAGCCAUAACCUCCAAUGUUUCUCUGAUGAAAAUAGGGACAUCCUAUUCCAUAAUAAUGGAAUGGGACGCAGGUGGUGCUGUGGUCUAAACCACAGAGCCUAGGACUUGCCAAUCAGAAGGUUGGCGGUUCGAAUCCCCACGAUGGGGUGAGCUCCCGUUGUUCAGUCCCUGCUCCUGCCAACCUAGCAGUUCGAAAGCACAUCAAAGUGCAAGUAGAUAAAUAGGUACCGCUCUGGCGGGCAGGUAAACGGCGUUUCCAUGCGCUGCUCUGGUUCGCCAGAAGUGGCUUAGUCAUGCUGGCCACAUGACCGGGAAGCUGUACGCCAGCUCCCUUGGCCAUUAAAGCGAGAUGAGUGUCGCAACCCCAGAGUCGUCCGCGACUGGACCUAACGGUCAGGGUUCCCUUUACCUUUCUUCCAUAAUAAUAAUAAUAAUAAUUUUAUUAUUUACACCCUGCCCCAGCCACUCUGGGUGGUUUUCAACAUAUUAAAAACAUAAUAAAAAAUUAAACAUUCUUUUUAAUUAAAAAAACAAAAACCCUUCCCUAUACAGUGGUACCUCCAGUUACGAACUUAAUCUGUUCUGGAGGUCUGUUCGUAACCGGAAACCGCUCGUAACAUGAGGCAUGCUUUCACUAAUGGUACCCCCUGCUGCUGCCGCACCGCCAGAGCGUGACUUCCGCUCGCAUCCUGGGGCAAAGUUCGCAACAAGGGAUAUCUACUUCUGGGUUAGCGGAGCACAUAACCCGAAGCAUUUGUAAGGGGGAUGGUACAUAACACAAGGUGUCACUGUACAGAGCUCCAACAUUUCUCCAGUGAAAAUAGGGGCGUCCUUAGGAAAAGCGGGACAUUCUGGGAUCAAAUCAGAAACUGGGAUAGCUUCUGUAAAUCCAGGACUGUCCCUGGAAAAUAGGGCCACUUGGAGGGUCUGCGAACUGAUAUGGUAUACAGCUGCUUCCUAUGGGAAACUUAAUGGGCAUCAGCCAGCGAGACAGAUAGGGAAUGGCCCUGGCCCUGUAGUAAUAGGAACCCCAGUGCAGUUCCCAGUUCUGUCCCUGCAUCUUUAAGAGCUAGGUGGACAGGAACAAAAUUCAAAGCAGGUGGUGGUAUGAAACAUUCUGCUAAACUACUGUAGCCUUCCAGAGGUGUCACAAUUGUGAUAAGUGCUGUUUAAACUUUACCCAUAGCUAAACAUCAAGUGUCAACAGUAGCUCAUGCCCAAACUCUCCGCACAGGAGUAGGCAAACAUCUAAUCAAGAGAGGACAUCAAAGCUGUGAUGCAAAGGAGAUGGGAAUGCUUUAACUCUCUAGUUCCCAUGCUGUCUGGGCGCCUUUGAAUAAUUCACCUCCAGCUACCUGAGACAGGUAUUUUAUACCUAAAGCAUCCCCAUUCAGUGGUUUCUUGAGUGCUUAUAAUCCAUUCAGAAUCUUUCAAAAUGCUACCAAAUUUGCCAAUUCUAUGGCACGGCAUUCCCCCACCCCAUAACAGAAGCAUUGGGCUUCUGCCUGUUGGGACUACUAGGGCAGAAGGUGAGGUGGCUACCAGUAGGUGGACGCGGGUGGUGCUGUGGUCUAAAGUGCUGAUCCUCUUGGGCUUGCCAAUUAGAAGGUCAGCGGUUCAAAUCCCCACGACGGGGUGAGCUCCCGUUGCUCUGUCCCAGCUCCUGCCAACCUAGCAGUUCGAAAGCACACCAGUGCAAGUAGAUAAACAGGUACCGCUGUGGCGGGAAGGUAAACGGCGUUUCCAUGCGCUCUAGCUUCCGUCACAGCCUGAAAGCAAGAUAAGCACCGCAACCCCAUGGUCGCCUUUGACUGGCCUUAACUGUCCAGGGGUCCUUUACCUUUACCUUGCCUUACCAGUAGGUGGAGCUAGGGCCAGUGACAGUCAGAUCCAACUAAAAUACUAGCUUUGCCUCCAUCCUCUCCUCUACUGAAUUGUACCCUGACAUUGCAGGUGUCAUCAAUAAGACUAAGGCCUCACCCACACUUAACCUUGCUUUGCAUUUCUAGGCACAGGUCUGGGCUUUCCAGAUCCAUGUCUGACAGCAUUUGUGUUAUGUUGUUAUGUUAUGUUGUUAUGUUAUGUUAUGUUAUGUUAUGUUAUGUUAUGUUAUGUUAUGUUAUGCUAUGUUAUGUUAUUUUUGCCACAGCACUUUCCCCACAAAAUAACCCUGCUCUUUACCACUGAAUCAGAGCAAAUGACAAUGCAUGGAAAACCCAAAUUGUAUACCCUCCAACAUUUCUCCGAUGAAAAUAGGGACGUCCCAUUCCAUAACGAUAAUUUUACUGUUUAUACCCCACACAUCUUACAGGAUUAUCCCAGCCACUCUGGGCAGCUUCCAAUUGCCUUCAGACAGCUCGGGGGUCGGAUAACUCUAAAUAUGGCAGGGCAAAAGAAGAAGAAAAGGGCACACUGACUGGGAAAGCACGGGGACAAAAGGCCAGUGUGGGUGAACCCUAAGAAGGAGGAAGCUGACAGUCAGUACCAUGCACCUAGGAUGGUUGCAAAGAGGAAGGCAGGCAAAGCGGAACGAGGUUGAUGGGUCAAUGCCCCAUUCACUCUAGUAGGCCGACCUCCAAAGCAUUGCUUGCAAGUUAUGUGCUUAACGUAAGUUAUGUGCAUCAAGUUAUGUGCAUGAAACGUAUUUCAGCUGUAGUGUGGACAGGGCCGUCUUUAGCAUAUGUGCCACUGGGGUGCAAAGAUCCACCCAGUUUAGCCCCCAAAUUAACUUUUAUUAUGCCUUAUGUCACUAUUAUCAUUUGAUAAAUAGUGCUCACACCUGCGCAGCUCCAAAAGGAGUCUUUUUGUGUGUGUUUUGUUUUAAACCAGCUUUUCUAAAGAUGACAAAGAACACAUUGGGAGUCAGUGUAAAGACUCCAUACGUGCGCUUACGGUCAUAGGGAGGUGUCUGAAAGAUGAGACGGGCAGACAUUGUGCGCAUAAAUGGGAGAGCCAUCUCAGGCAGCCUUUCAUUGUGGAAGCAACCUUAUUUCUCAAGGAGCUGGGAGGGCCCUGGUGAGCGCACAUAUACGAGUUCCGGCACCUAUGCGCACUCCCGUCGCUAAAUAGGCGCAUUCUCUUUCUGUCUGUCUCUCCCUCUUUCCUGUCACUCCCCCUCCUCCCAGCUUUGGUGAGCGAGACUUUCCAGAGAGCUCUCCCUGCAGCGGCAUUAGCAGGCAGGUGGCGCAAGAUUAGGCGGUUUUAGUGGCAGGCGCCUGGCGCCCCCCCAGAAUUCAGUGACCGGGUGCCCCGCACCCCUUGCAUCCCUUGGUAAAGAUGGCCCUGAGUGUGGAUAGAGUGCACUUAUAUUUGUCCUCUAAAGUUCCUGCAGCAAGUGAAGUGGGAGAACCUCAUCCACUGCAUGGUCAUCCCAACUCUCGUUUAAGUGCUAUGCAGCUGCAUCCUAAAUAUCUGAAACAGAAAAGCUGGGAUUUGUUUCCAGGGUUCCCUAGACAGAGAAAAACAGAUAGGCACAUUUCUUUUAUGAUUUGUUGUUGUUGUUGUUGUUGUUGUUUUAAAAAAACACAACUUAUGUUUCGCACUACUAUUGAGACUGAUGCCAAUUCAAUGUGUAAUCUUACAACCUGCAAUGGCAGCCACUGCAGGUCACUUGAGAAGUUGAAUGCCCAUGUUGAUCUGAGCGGCUCUCAGCCAGCACUGCCACAGGCAGGAUUCAGCUUCCAACGUACUGAAUCUUGAGCCCAGCAUUAGACCACACCAUCAGCCCACCUCAGCCUGGGAGCCCAUGUGUAAAUAGGUCCCUUUUUUCCAACGAUAAAAAACAGUUAGCUGCUUUAAACAGCUGAGUGUUCAUUAGGUGUCUGUCCGUUAAUUCCAGAGUCCAUUAGAUCCAAACCCAUCACCCUAGAAUUAGUUCACAUAAAAAUCCUGUCAGCAAACAAACCCAGAUCAUUUGGAAUUAUCUCAAGAAAAGUUGAAAAACACCAUCUGCCAGAUGUUUUUUAAAAAUCAUCAUCAUCAUCUCCCCUUCCCCCACAUUAAAUAUACAUGCAUUUGAAGUUCACAGUGUCUUUUAUUAAUCAAUACCAAAUAAUCCCAAGAUAAACUGUGCAGUAAACAUUCUAAUGAGAACAUAUGGCAGAGCAGACUGAUAGUGUUCUGCCUUUCACGUGCAAAGGUAAUAUUUAUGAACACACAGCAGGGUUGUUCUUUUUAAGAAGCCAGUAAAUCUUUAUAUACUGAAAUACAGGCUUUCAGACCUUCAUUUUCGUGUAUUAGAAGUAUUAACAUAGUUCUGUCAUAUCUAGGUAGACUUGCGACUAGCACAGCAAUAAUGCCUUGAGGAAUUAAAGGUAAAGGUAAAGGGACCCCUGACCAUUAGGUCCAGUCGCGGAUGACUCUGGGGUUGCGCCGCUCAUCUCGCUUUAUUGGCCGAGGGAGCCGGCAUACAGCUUCCGGGUCAUGUGGCCAGCUUGGCUAAGCCGCUUCUGGCGAACCAGAGCAGCGCACGGAAACGCUGUUUACCUUCCCGCCGGAGCGGUACCUGUUUAUCUACUUGCACUUUGACGUGCUUUCAAACUACUAGGUUGGCAGGAGCAGGGACCGAGCAACCGGAGCUCACCCCGUUGCAGGGAUUCGAACAGCUGACCUUCUGAUCGGCAAGCCCUAGGCUCAGUGGUUUAACCCACAGCGCCACCUGCGUCCCUAUCUUUAGGAAUUAGGGUGCACCAAAUAUUUUCCACUAUUUUUUAUUAGUGCCAUUUUCUUUCUCCUUUCGCAAUGUCCUUGACCUUGUUUGAAGCACCAUUUAAUCUGAUUGCCUGUGAUGGCAUGUGGCAUUGUUCACAGAUGUUCAUAAUGUUAUCAGAUCAGAUGUAGUGUUGUGAUGUCAUCAGCACUCUAUCACUCUGUCAGGGCAAAUGUGGCUAAGAGCAAAGAAGGAAAAUGGUGCCCUGGAGCCAAAGUCAGGGGAAGAACACAGGGCAAUGGGAUGAUAUUUCAUUCUUAGCAUCCAAACCAUUCAAAAUGGGAGAUGCUCUUCACUAUUCAAGAAAACAAACACAAAAGGAAACAUUUGACUCAGUACCAAAAGAUUGUAAAGGGCUGCGCACCUCAUAGACCCAUAGCUGUCAACUUUCCCCCGUUUUUUAAGGGAAAUUCCCUUAUUCCAAAUAGGAUUCCUCGCAAGAAAAGGGAAAAGUUGACAGCUAUGCAUAGACCAUAGAUACUCUCUUCAAGUUAUUUCCUUUGCUCAGUCGCCAAUGGGGACAGCUGAAAAAUAUCAAAUAGAAAAAGCAGCCAUCUUGUCAAACCUCAUCCACCUUAAAGCUCCUACACACCGCAGUCAUAAAUCACCUCUGUGAGGUCCCUGAGGAAUGCCGCUCAUUCUUCACAAGGACUUUAACCACUCAAUGCAAACAACGAGGCAAGCAUUCCUGGGAGACCAUGCGCAGGGAGGCAGAGGAGAGAGGCCAGGCCUAAUCAAUCUGGCAGACUUUCCCACACUUUCUGCUAUCCGUUUUUAUCUGUGUUGUAACCCAACAUGUCAAGGACUUUCGGAUGGUGCCAAAGGUGGCUUUCUGACCCAAUAUGCUCUGACACUGACACUUUCACAGGGUUCAGCCUCCCGCACCUGAGAAGCAGUUUUAAAGGUGGUAAAUCUGCACACGGGGAGGGGGAGUUACUAAUAUAUCCCCUGUAGAUCCGCAUACCUAUGGCAGCUGCUGAAACUGCUUCAGAUUAUUCUACCUGGCAAGCAAGGAAAUCAAUCCUGAUGCACCUGCUCCAGAAACCUGCCUGCCUGCCCCUAAGCGCUAGUGCCAAAACCAAUAGCAAUCAGGGGUAAGACUGGAUAGGAAGGAAGUGAGCUCAGUCUGAGAAGACAGCUUGUCAGAGGUAAGGGUUGAGAGAUGAGCCAUCUCUGUGAAGGGGGAGUUGCAGAGAAGUUUCCUGGUGAUAGAUCUCAUCUCAUAACUCAAAAAUGUGUGAGCACAUUCUCUGGAAAAGGCAGAGGAGCGAAAUGCUACGGAGAUUAUUUUUUUGAGUUGACGUCUCCAAAUUGUACAUACAAAGCAAUGCUAAAGCCAGUGUUGUGGGGAAAGGUUGAAAGGCAAGGAAGAUUAGCAUGACAUCAGCCACACUCUGGAGUGAAUGACUGGCCAUUUCUGAGGUGGGAAAAGGAAUUCGCAUGAGAAACAGGGUGCAUGAAUGUUUUAUUGGGGGGAAAAAACCAAACCUGAAAGUUGUACUAUGUUUUGUGGGAUGUGAUACAUAAGUAGCAGUCAAGUACAACAUUCCUUGUUUUCCUAGAGUGGACAUGCAGGGGAAUGUUUGGUCCAGCCAGUUGAAAACUUCCUGUUUCCUCCUGGCUGGGACAUACUUCCUUUUGCAUGUGACUAGAGGUGGGCGUGACCUUAUCUGUCCAGGUAACAGAAGGGCAAGUCAAGCAGCACACCUCCUCUCUUUGAUUUCCUCCAUUGUUAGAGCAGCAACUUUUAGCUAGAGAUGCUCUGUUGACUUCCAGCCAACAGAGGACACUGGGACUAUCUCCAUAUGGGAUAGAUCCACAUGUAUAUACUUUGUAACUAAGUCUGCCUUCAGGGAUCCAACUGUGAACUGAUGAUGUGAGUAAACUUCUUUUAUAUACAGUGGUACCUCGGGUUAAGAACUUAAUUCGUUCUGGAGGUCCGUUCUUAACCUGAAACUGUUCUUAACCUGAAGCACCACUUUAGCUUAUGUGGCCUCCCUCUGCCGCCACAUUGCCAGAGCAUGAUUUCUGUUCUCAUCCUGUAGCAAAGCUCCUAACCCGAGGUACUAUUUCUCGGUUAGCGGAAUCUGUAACCUGAAGCAUCUGUAACCUGAAGCAUAUGUAACCCGAGGUACCACCGUACUUUACACAAGAUUGUGGCGUGUUUAUUCUUUUAAGAGGGAUAUAAGGGAACUCACCAGGAAUCUAAUACUGAGAGGCUUAAACAAGCCUGCAACCAGCUUUCUGCUGUACAUUCAAAAGGGGAAUGUGAAACUCUGCUAAGUAAAGGAACUUGCUAGCACAAGUUAGGAAGGAUAUUAAUAAACAAUAUAUCCUCUCCUGCCUCCCUGAACAUUCCCACAUGUUCUACCAAACCAUUAUUAGGACACAAGAUUAUCAGUGUUGAUCGGUUUGAGGGUUGGUGAUUAUCUGAUCUCAGGACCAGCCCCAAAUAUUUUACUGUCAUGGGAGAAGGACAAAGGAGCACCCACCCACUUACUUUUUAUGUACAGAAACUAGUGGGCACCUCACUAUCACCUCCUAACAUCUGCCAACCAAGGCAGAUGGCUUACUCUGCCUAAUGGCUGGGCCACUGGUCCUGUCCUGCCAUGGACUGGUCCUGCCUUAUAUCCAAGAGGCCCUCAAACACCUUUUGAAGUCUAUGAGCUCAUCCACACUUCCACUUGUGCCAUACCUAAAAAGCACGGGGCCAAGAAGUUUUCCGCUCGACCCUCACUUUCUAGACUGAGUGGUAUUCUCUUUGCCCCACGCCUUUCCCAGGGAAAUCCCACUCUUUAUCGAUAGACCAGAACCAAUGACAAUCCAGGGGAAAUCUUACUUGCUGUUUGCUGUUAAGAUCCUUUUCUUAACAUUGUGACAGUCCAGAUUGGUGCUUACCCUUGCAGCCUGAAGGUUAAAGGGCAGAGCUAUGGCGCUGUGGGUUAAACCACAGAGCCUAGGACUUGCCGAUCAGAAGGUCGGCGGUUCGAAUCCCCACGACGGGGUGAGCUCCCGUUGCUCGGUCCCAGCUCCUGCCAACCUAGCAGUUCGAAAGCACGUCAAAGUGCAAGUAGAUAAAUAGGUACCGCUCCAGCGGGAAUGUAAAUGGCAUUUCCAUGCACUGCUCUGGUUCGCCGGAAGCAGCUUAGUCAUGCUGGCCACAUGACCCGGAAGCUGUACGCCGGCUCCCUCGGCCAGUAAAGCGAGAUGAGCACCGCAACCCCGGAGUCGGCCACGACUGGAUCUAAUGGUCAGGGGUCCCUUUACCGAUGAGUAAGGAAGUCCCUGGUUCAAAUUUCAUUUCUGCCAUGAACUCACUAGACAACUUGCAGUCUCUCAACCCCAACACCAAUUUGCAAUAUGGGGGAUAAUAAUGCCUGCUUACCUUACAGGGCUUUUUUGGUACAUAAUGCCUAAAUAUUCGGCAACAGCCCACUUUGCUACCGUCUCGCUUCAGUAUCAUUCAGACCCUCAAGAGUUUGGUGCAAGUCUGAAGUUUGUUGCCUCUUUUCCACGAAAACCUUGGCUGAGGCUUACACGCUUCUUUACUCAGAAAACAUGCCCUUUGCCACAUCAAUCCUAAAUGUAGCAGCUUCGAAAAGCAAACAACAAUCUCCAGGUUUGACACACUAGAGAGGAAUCCAAUCUUGAUAGGAGAAGAUGACCUAUUACAUCCUCUGCCGAGAAUGAAAGUGAUGUUUUCCUUUCUCAUCUGAAGCUAUGCUUAAAAAAAAAAAAAAUUGCUUUGUAAAACUCUCUUCCUCCUGCAUUGCAAACAGGAGUUUGGAGAAAUGUGCCACCCCUCCAAUCCUCCUAAAAGUGAAUUAUCUUCACCAACAUGCUAAAGGUGAAUGGGGUCACUUCAUAUGAAACCACACCAACAUGGGGCAUUUUUUCUAAGGCUGGAAUGUAGUGUAUAUAUAAGUGUGUCUGAUCUCUGCAACCAACCUGUAUGUGCCAUGAGUUUGUCCUGUCUGGGUGAUCCAGCGCUCUCUCUGUGUGUGUUAGGGCUGGGCAGUAUAUCAAUAUAUCGUCCAAAGCCGGUUUGAAGUCCAUAUCAUGAUAACAGUCUCAUAAUUUUGACCUGGCAAUUAUCGUGAAUCAUGAUGUGUGUAUGUGUGUGUGCCAUGCAAAAAUCACAAUGUGGGAAAAGCCGUGAAGGCAGUCGAUGCUUCUACAUAGCUCCAUCCUUAUUUCAGACAUCGUGAUAUAUUGGUGAUAUAUAUAUUGUGAUGUUUAGCUGGUGAGAUAUCACAAUGUUGAAAACCAGGUAUCGCCCCAGCCUGUGUGUGUGUGUGUGUGUGUGUGUGUGUGUGUCCUGCUCUGCUGUUAAUCAUAAGCCAUCCUGGAAGUUAUGACACUGAAGGAGUAGGAGAUCAAGUGUUUCAAACCAACAAGGGAGGGAGGGUGGCAGAGGAGCCAUUCCUGACUCCUUGCAUCUCUGAUGCAGACCCAGAACCUGCUUGCAGGCUUCCCAUAGACAUCUAAUUGGACGGUGUGAGAAUGGUAUGCUGAACCAAGGCCUUUGAAUUGAUAAUGGCAGGUUCUAUUCACAUUCUUGUGAUGAGCUUUUGGUCAAUUUGUUCCCUGGAUGUCCAAGUGCAACAGAUUAUCUACUAGAACACCAAGUCCCUAACAGUGACUUGUCUUUCAAGAAGACAUCCUUUCACUUUCUUUAUUUUGCAACUGAUUACGCAGGAAAUUCAAGCUUGAACAGCUUCCCCAUUGACAGAUAUAGGAGCACAAGGCCGGCAGCAUCUCAGAAGAGUGGAAGUCCUGACAGUAUCAGGACUUAAGAACUUAAUUAAUUGGGGUGGUAAUAUUGCACAGAGUGUUCUGAAUCUCUUGACAGAUCUUUCACUGUUCCUUAUCUGCAGCCUAAGGAUAAUACUUAUCCUUCUUGCUUGCUGGAAUGCAAAAGAAAAUGCAUAAAUCUUACAUAAUUUGGGCAGAGUUUUUCUCUGCAAGGAGUGGGAACAGGCAAGAAAGUUACAUCUUAUUCCCAUCAGCAUAUUUGGACCAUCUAGUAUAAAUCCACCAUUAAUACACUGUUAUUGUGUCAAUGGUGUGCUGCAAAUGAUUUGUUGCAAAAAACACUCCCCAAAAAGAGAAAGAAAAAUCUGAAGGUGUCCAUACUUUAAAAGCAACCUAUUCAUUGAUGGAGAGUUGUCACUGAAAUUUUGGCUGAAGCAAAGUUUACACCAUCUUCAAGGGUCUCCCCUCAAGCAGAACCUCUGGGGAUUUUUAAGCGGAACCCCAAGAGUUUCACAUUGGUGGAAUUUCUUGAUGCAUACAGUUCUAAUGCAGAUUUAUAUCAUCCAUAUGCUAUUUUUUUACAAUUGUACUUUGGGGUGGGGGGGCGGAUAAGAGACAUAGCAUUUCCCAUUAAAUAUGUCAUCAGUAACUCCCAAAUGCGUGGGUGCCCUUUGUUGGCCAUACCACUCGUAGUACAGUGGUACCUCAGGUUAAGUACUUAAUUCAUUCCGGAGGUCCCUUCUUAACCUGAAACUGUCCUUAACCUGAAGCACCACUUUAGCUAAUGGGGCCUCCUGCUGCCGCUGUGCCGCCGGAGCACUAUUUCUGUUCUCAUCCUGAAGCAAAGUCUUAACCUGAGGUAAUAUUUCUGGGUUAGUGCAGUCUGUAACCUGAAGCAUAUGUAACCUGAAGCGUAUGUAACCCGAGGUAUCACUGUAUUAAGGAAGUUUCUCCAUCUCCACCUUUAGAAGUAUGAGAUAGCACAGAGAACUCCCCACUUUCCAUGUGAGUCCUGAUUCAGAUUCACCAUCUCUGAGAAACCAAUGAGAUAGCUUAGCUACCUACAACAGAGAAACGAUGGUAGGGCAGUUCCAUGGCAUCUUACAGCAGGGGUAGGAAACUUGCCCUCGGAUUAAUUUCACAUGUGUGGGGGGGGCUGGAGGGAGAGAUGGAGGGGGAACAGGAGACAGCAAAAAUGGAUGGAGGUUUGGAAGGAGUGCACGGGGAGAGCAGGAGAAACACAGCAGUUGUGAUCUUUGCUCUGGGGUCCCACACAUUCUCAUUCACGCUAAGCCAUAUUUUGGCUUAGCAUUAUGUGCGAACAGGGUCAGUAAAUCGGGUGGUAGUUGCUUCCAAAGCAUGCUUUCGUGACUUGAAUAGCGAAAUGGCUAAGUAACAUUUGGCAGGAUAGAAUACACCCCUUAUUACUAAAACCUUUAAAAUACUAAUCAGCAGGCUCUUAGUUCAUUCAAGCAGAAUUAUUUUCAGUGAAGGUUGAAGCGGUUUAUUUAUUUCUCCAUUGGAGUCCUUUAAAAUUAUUAGGAUGCUGUUUAUAAAAUGGACCAAGAGAGGGAAGCAAAGGAAGGGAAUGAAGGGACCAGAAUUGGGUCUUUUCCAAUGCCAAUAAACCUAUUUCUCUCCCUUAUAGGAAAAAGGUUCCUGUGCAAAUGUUAGCUUACAUAGCCAGUCUCUGUACUGGCAGCCACCGCUGAGGCAAGGCCUCUUCACUUAACAGCACAUUUGUCAGUAACAAUGACUCCUUCCUUCUGUGGUUGGCAACACAGAAUAUGCAAAGGUAAGGAUGAAUGAAACAGAUUGAAGUUAUUGGCAUCCCGUCUCUAGAUGUCCUGCUCAAGCAGCUGGGAAUGGAAUCUGGGCUCCAGAGCAUGGGGUUACCACCGUUUUGUCAGUUUACCUCCAAUGUUUGUCCCAAUUUUUUACGGCGCAGCUAGAAAUCAAGUUGAGAAGUCUCCCAUGCCCUUCUCCAGGUGUUGAGGUCUGUCACGCAGAUGCCAACCCUGGUAUCUCCCUCCCCUUAAGAUACAAGGCACUGUAUCACAGGAUAGUGUUUCGACUCCCUGAUCUUCCUCAUCCCUUUGCAUUUCUGGGCAAAGCUGCUAAGCAUAACGGAGGUCUUAUCCAGACUUCCUUUUGUGCCUCGCUUCUAGGCACAAGUUCACGUUUGUCGUGUCCAACUCCGGCCACUUCCCCCCCCCCAGCACUUUCCCCCCUUUGCUCCACUGAACUGGAGCAAACAGCAAUCCAUGGGGAACUCAAAUUCCUGUACAGUGGUACCUCUGGUUACGUACUUAAUUCGUUCUGGAGGUCCCUUCUUAACCUGAAACUUCUUAACCUGAAGCACCACUUUAGCUAAUGGGGCCUCCUGCUGCCGCUGUGCCACCGCUGCACGAUUUCUGUUCUCAUCCUGAAGCAAAGUUCUUAACCUGAGGUAAUAUUUCUGGGUUAGCGGAGUCUGUAACCUGAAGUGUAUGUAACCUGAAGCGUAUGUAACCUGAAGUACCACUGCUUACAGUCGUAUCUUGGAAGCCGAAUGCCUGAGGAGUUGAACAGUUUGACUCCCGAAUGCCGCAAACCCGGAAGUGAGGAACUUCCUGCAGCCAAUCAGAAGCUGUGCCUUGGUUUCCGAACAUUUUGGGAGUCGAACAGACUUCUGGAACGGAUUCCGUUCGACUUCCAAGGUACGACUGUAUUCUGAUUUUGCUUUGAAUUUUCACAGGGAAACCACCAGGAUAAAAAGGAAAGGAACGCACACAGGCACAGCAUGGAUCUGUGCCUAGAAAUUGUGGGGCAAAAGUUAAGUGUGGGCGAGCCCUGACUCAGCGGCAAUUCAACAAGGUGUGUAUAUUACAAAGAGAGCAGAAGGGAUGGAGCUGUUCUAGAUUUUAGGCCAAGACCCCUUUGUGGUUGGGGGUGGGAUGUCAGUUUACUGCAGAUUGCUGAAAAUCCCGGCCAACAUUUUUUCUAAAAACCUAACUGCAGCUGUCACAAAGACUCAGAGUGAACUCUUCCUCAAGAAAAAAAACAAUGUACAGGGUGAAAUAAAAGGUUCUGAACAUUUCCAGGCAAAAUCCUCAAGUGGCAACACUUCAACACAGGCCCCUCCUAA